AUGACAGGGCUGGUGGGUGUCUGCAAGUAUGAACAGCUAGGUUGUAAUUCAGUAUGAAUCAUGCUCUUGCCCUCUCCCCAAGUAACAGCAAGUGCCCAGUUCUGGCUCAUCUUAAACUGUGAGGGUUUUUGAGGGUGUGUGAGGGUAUGUGUGUGUAUGUAUGUGUGUUUGUGUGUGUGUGUGUACGUAUGUGUGUAUGUAUGUGUGUUUGUGUGUGUGUGUGUGUGUGUGUGUGUGUGCGUGCGUGCGUGUGUGUGUGUGUCUGUGUGUGCGUGCGUGUGUGUGUAUCCGCUUAUGAACUCAGCCACUGGGAUCCCAGCUUGGGAGUCACUUUGAUCUCAAUGUUUCUCCAUUAGUUUCUCAAGGGAUUUUGGAUUUUGAAACCCAAGUGUUCUGGUUUGGUGUAUUGGGUGUAGUUAGUUAGUGGGUGUGGGUGGAUGGAUGGGUGGGGGAAUCAAUAUAACUUCUAACCCAUUUUGGUAAUACAGCUUUGGUACCAAAAGGAUUAAAGUGCAGUGCUCCUCAACAAUUAUGAAAGACAGUCAAUAAAUAUGGGAUCAGUUUCAAACCCACAACCUGUACUUACUGGAGAAAUACAGGUUUCUGAGGAAUAAGGGUUCGUUUGAGUAUCCUUAUGGUUCUUACUCCUUGAUCUCAAAGGCCAGGUUGAAACUGUUGCAUGUGCGCUACAGGAAUGUUUUUAUUUCUGCAUCAUAGGUGUUCUCUGACGCCCAACUUUGAUCAGGACUUCCUCUGGGGAUACUGUGCACCUGAGACCACUCAACCCAUUGGUGAGAGGUCAUUCUUGUAGAAUCUGUGGACAAGACUUCAUGGUCUACAAAGUCUAUGUUGUCUCUGUGUAUCUAUAUGAUCUUAAAGACACAUUUGCUGCUAUUUACAGUAGUGGCAUGCAUAAACAUCAUAUUUUUUCAUCACUAGCAAGGUUUCCAUCCAAUUAGCGACAGAUUUUCAUGUGAAUAGAGUCCGUAUAAAGAAAAUAUGCAAAUGUUCCCACCAAAUAGACUUGUUGCGGAUAAAAAUCGGUGCGUGAUGACGUAGUGCAUACAAAAUGUACCUUUUCGCUUAAGUUUUCAUGUACCGAAUAAAAAUCUAAAGUUCAAUGUGUUUCCAUCACAUUUCCAACUCUACCGAUAGUUUUGUCACAAAAACUGUUGCGUUAAAUAGCAAAUGUGCCUACUCUGGUCUUGGCACCUGCGCUCUAGCCAACAGCUGGCAGAUACAGUCUAGUCUAACUCCCGAGUGGCGCAGUGGUCUAAGGCACUGCAUCGCAGUGCUAACUGUGCCACUAGAGAUCCUGGUUCGAAUCCAGGCUCUGUCGCAGCCGGCCGCGACCGGGAGACUAAUGGGCGGUGCACAAUUGGCCCAGCGUCGUCUAGGGUAGGGGAGGGAAUGGCCGGCAGGGAUGUAGCUCAGUUGAUAGAGCAUGGCGUUUGCAACGCCAGGGUUGUGGGUUUGAUUGCCACGGGGGACCAGGAUAAAAAAAAAUAUGUAAUCACUAACUGUAAGUUGCUCUGGAUAAGAGCGUCUGCUAAAUGACUGUAAUGUAAUGUCUACAUGAUGAGAUUAUUAUGGAUAAGAGCGAGAAUAUUUGUAUUUGUCAAACGGCAGUCAAGCAUCGAUCAUCAUGUCAUCAGAAUAAGACCCCGCGGAUGGUUGAGGUGCAGCUCUCGGGAAACUGUGGGGGGGAUCUUGGAGGGCUGGUGACCUGGUGGUUGGGAGCUUGGGCCGGUGGCUGAUAGGUCGCUGGUUCGGGUCCCCGUUUUUUGACCUUGUGGGAGAUCUGUCGACGUGCCCUUGAGCAGGGUGUUGACCCUGGUUGCUGCUGUGGGUCGCUCUGGAUGGGAGUCUGUUAGAUGACUGAAUGUGGUGUAGAUUUUGAGCGGCUUCACUGCAAGUAGAUUGUAUGUUUUAAUAUUUUAAAAUAUAUAUAUAUAUAUAUAUAUAUAUAUAUAUAUAUAUACACUACUGUUCAAAAGUUUGGGGUCACUUAGAAAUGUCCUUGUUUUCGAAAGAAAAGCAAAUAUUUUUUUUGUCCAUUACAAUAACAUCAAAUUGAUCAGAAAUACAGUGUAGACAUUGUUAAUGUUUUAAAUGGCUAUUGUAGCUGGAAAAGGCUGAUUUUUUAUGGAAUAUCUACAUAGGCGUACAGAGGCCCAUUAUCAGCAACCAUCAGUCCUGUGUUCCAAUGGCACGUUGUGUUUGCUAAUCCAAGUUUAUCAUUUUAAAAGGCAAAUUGAUCAUUAGAAAACCCUUUUGCAAUUAUGUUAGCACAGCUGAAAACUGUUGUGCUGAUUAAAGAAGCAAUAAAACUGGCCUUCUAGUUGAGUAUCUGGAGCAUCGCAAUUGUGUGUUCGAUUACAGGCUCAAAAUGGCCAGAAACAAAUAACUUUCUUCUGAAACUCGUCAGUCUAUUCUUGAUCUGAGAAAUGAAGGCUAUUCCAUGCGAGAAAUUGCCAAGAAACUGACGAUCUCAUACAACGCUUUGUACUACUCCCUUCACAGAACAGCGCAAACUGUCUCUAACCAGAAUAGAAAGAGGAGUGGGAGGCCCCGGUGCACAACUGAGCAAGAGGACAAAUACAUUAGAGUGUCUAGUUUGAGAAACAGACACCUCACAGGUCCUCAACUGGCAGCUUCAUUAAAUAGUACAAAGAAAAAGCCAUAUCUCAGACUGGCCAAUAAAAAUAAAGGAUUAAGAUGGGCAGUCUGAGAUAUGGCUUUUUCUUUGCAACUCUGCCUAGAAGGUCAGCAUCCCGGAGUCGCCUCUUCACUGUUGACUAGACACUCUAAUGUAUUUGUCCUCUUGCUCAGUUGUGCACCGGGGCCUCCCACUCCUCUUUCUAUUCUGAUUAGAGACAGUUUGCGCUGUUCUGUGAAGGGAGUAGUACACAGCGUUGUAUGAGAUCUUCAUUUUCUUGGCAAUUUCUCGCAUGGAAUAGCCUUCAUUUCUCAGAACAAGAAUAGACUGACGAGUUUCAGAAGAAAGUUAUUUGUUUCUGGACAUUUUGAGCCUGUAAUCAAACCCACAAUUGCUGAUGCUCCAGAUACUCAACUAGUCUCAAGAAGGCCAGUUUUAUUGCUUAUUUAAUCAGCACAACAGUUUCCAGCUGUGCUAACAUAAUUGCAAAAUGGUUUUCUAAUGAUCAAUUAGCCUUUUAAAAUGAUAAACUUGGAUUAGCAAACACAACGUGCCAUUGAAACACAGGACUGAUGGUUGCUGAUAAUGGACCUCUGUACGCCUAUGUAGAUAUUCCAUAAAAAAUCAGCCGUUUCCAGCUACGAUAGCCAUUUACAACAUUAACAGUCUACACUGUAUUUCUGAUCAAUUUGAUGUUAUUUUAAUGGACAAAAAAUGUGCUUUUCUUUUGAAAACAAGGACAUUUCUAAGUGACCCCAAACUCAUCACCGUGCACUUUCACCACCCUGUGAAGUUCAUCAUCAUUUAUUUCAUCUGUAGUUUAAUAAACUGCAUGGUUUCCACAGUCGAAAUGGGAGGAUCACACACCAUAUCAUCGCGUGACUCCAAAUUUACUUCGAUAUGAUGGUUAUUAUAUCAAUAUUUCCACCGCCAUUUCCCGCCUUAUCAAUUUUACCAACACAAAAAGAUCCCACCAUGUCGAACGAACAAAUGAUCUGUCGGCAUUUAUAAAAUUACACCAAAACUAUUUUUUUAUACGAUUUGACUUUACUCUCAUAAAAACUGUGGAUGGAAACAUGGUUACUCUCAAUCUUAGUGUAUUUUCCACAUUUUCCUCCUUUGCAUUAAUUUACUACUUCUACUUCUCUUACAGUGUUAAAAUGAAACACACCAAAGUUGGUCAAUACUUUAUUCUUACGUUACUGAAGUAACAUGCUGUUUCUUUCUAAUGUUUUCACUAAUGUUCUCAGUUUUUUGUUGUUUUAGUGUUCAUCCACUCAUCACGCAGAUUCACAGACCCGUGUCAGGUGAAUCCAUGUCAAAAUGGCGGCAUCUGCACUCUGGUCCCCUACAGACACUCCUUCGAGUGCUCCUGUCCAGAGAGCUUCACCGGGAGGCACUGUGAUCAGAGUGAGUAACUUUCAGUAUCAUACUUUCUAUAUGGACUUGUGUUUCAAAGCAGUUUCAAUUAAACUAAAGCAAUUAUACAUUUUAGUUUAGAGUCAAUUAUCAAUGGGGUUUUACUCUAUAUCCAGAGUUUAUUUUAUCAUUGAGGUAUGACAAAGUGUGGGUGUGGUAGAGAAACUGCCUUCCCUUUUGAGAAGUACCUUUAGUGCAUUGACCCAUAUCUUGCUCUUCACAGUGCCAAACAUUUACCACAAAACAUGCCCUCUAACUCCUCAUUGACCUGUUCACUUUCUCCUCCUCUCACGUUUCACCCAACUACCUAUUAUCUCACUAUUCUCCCCUUUGUCAGGGAAUUGCUAUGAAACCAUACACCUGAGAUAUUAUGACAUUGGAGAAUCCUGGGGAAGGAUCUACCUCCGUAACGUGGAAUGGUGCACAUGUGUGGAUGGGGAGAUCUCCUGUGAGAGAGUCCGCUAUACUGGUAAAAGACAUGCUUGCUUUGAUCCUUUGUUACUUUAGCCCACUCUCCUUUUGAGGCCCCUCAGAACGCGUGAGAGAAACCUCUCAGCCAAAAGAUAAAUCGCCUCACGUUCACCUCACGAGAUAACAAAAGCAGAGUUGGCCUUCUCUUUAAAUCUACUCUCCAUGGUUAGAAGUGUAGCCUUGCUGUAGAUGAAAAGACAGAUUACAUGACUCACCAUGAGUAAGAAGCGAUGUGUGAGAUACACCCAAAUCUCGAUGAAGGUGCUUUCGUCUCUACGGUGGACGUUUUAUGCGUGUUUAAAUUAUUUACUCUUACAAAAGAGAAAGGCACUCUGGAGAGCCCCUUGGACCAAAUCUGUUUUGUUUUGUCAUGGUAUUAAGGAUUAAGGUUCUGCAAACAUUUUAUUUAGCGCUAUUGUUUCGUGCCCCCCACCUUCCCAGCCUGUUAAGUAGUAAGGGCGGCAGGUAGCUUAGUGGUUAAGAGCGUUGUGCCAGUAACCAAAAGGUCGCUGGUUCUAAUCCCCGAGCUGACUAGGUGAAAAAUCUGUCGAUGUGCCCUUGAGCAAGGCCCUUAACCCUAAUUGCUCCUGUAAGUCGCUCUGGAUAAGAGCGUCUGCUAAAUGACUAAAAAUGUAAAGUAGGCUUUUCCCACUCAUACUGCCCCCACAUGGACACUCCAAGAAAUACAUGUCAAAUCAGACACCUACACCAGUGUUUGCAAAUGCAUUUCUCCCACUCUACUUUUGCAACCCUUAACCAUAAGUGCUCAAACGUAGGUAGACUAAUGCUUCAUGUGUGUUUUGAUCAAAGUUAACACGCUGAUGCAAGACCAGCUCCUGUGUUUAUCAUGCAGUGGCGGGAGGCAGGAUAAGGGUGGUUGGAACUGAUCCCAGUGCUGUGGUUUGUCAUAAUGUAAUAUACCUGAUGAAGUGUGUAACUGUCUUUAGUCUGUAGUGAGAGCCCCUGUGAGAACGAUGGUACGUGCCGACUCAUCACAGCCACCAGGAAGGAGGUGUGUGCCUGCAGGCCUGGCUACAGUGGACCCUACUGUAGCAUCGGUGAGUCCAGCCUCUACAUGCUAACACAGUCACUGUUAGAUUUACAUUGCUAGGUUAGCCUAGCUUAGCAUAGCUUUAGUUUAGCAUUACUGGUCUGAGCCAGAGGUCAUACACUGGGAUAGAGAAGACAUUUUAUGAUGUUUAUUCUACUCUGUGACUACAUGUAGACUAUAAACAUUUAGAUAGUCCAAUAUAAAUAAGGUCAACAGAUAGACACGCACAAACUCUCAUAAACAAACACAGGAAACGGUGAUAUACUGUCUCAUCUCCCACAUCUCUUGUUGUCAUAUGCUAUGACAACAAGGGCACAGACUACUGUGCCAUGGUGGGCACCACCAUCUCUGGUGCCCGCUGUCUGCCGUGGAACUCUGACCUGCUGCAUGAUGAACUCCACGUGAAGAGCGCCCCCCUCAGGGGCUUGGGGGAACACUCCUACUGCAUGUGUCUGUGCAGCAUUACAUUUUUACAUUACAUUUUAGUCAUUUAGCAGACGCUCUUAUCCAGAGUGCAUACAAUUUUUUAUUUUAAUUUUAUUUUUUCAUACUGCCCCCCCGUGGGAAACGAACCCACAACCCUGGCGUUGCAAACGCCAUGCUCUACGAACUGAGCUACAUCCCUGCCAGCCAUUCCCUCCCCUACCCUGGACGACGCUGGGCCAAUUGUGCGCCGCCCCAUGGGUCUCCCGGUCGCGGCCGGCUACGACAGAGCCUGGAUUCGAACCAGGACCACUGCGCCACUCGGGAGGUGAUUACGUUGUCUUUAUUUCUUUAUUGACAACCAACCUGGCAACCCAAAAGAGAAGCUGAAGUCUAUGCUUCAUGCCCGUCAUGCCAGCACUAUCUCACCACUAUCAUUCACCUCCCCGUGUCUGUCUGGCCUUGAUAGUGAUAUGGUCAUUCACCUUCCCUUGUCUGUCUGGCCUUGAUGGGGAUAUGAUCAUUCACCUUCCACUGUCUGUCUGGACUUGAUGGUGAUAUGAUCAUUCACCUUCCCCUGUCUGUCUGGACUUGAUGGGGAUAUGAUCAUUCAACCCGGUACAGCCAGAAAAGGAUGGGCCUUCCCUCUGAAUUUUUUCUUGGCACUGUGCUUCUGCUUGCUCUUUGGGAGUCCAGGCCGGGAUACUGUUAACAUGUGUCCAGAAACCCAGAUGGGGACAAGAUGCCGUGGUGCUACACAUUCAGUGAUGGAGCCAUCUCCUGGGAGAACUGUGAUGUUCUGCCUUGUGUCAAAAGUUUAUGUGAGUAACAUAAGUGCUCAGGACUGUAGCCAGGGUCAGAAUUUUUGUGAGGUCCAUGUUAUUUGGACAACAGCAAAAACAAGCAGAAAUGACCCCAGCCAUUAUCACAUUGGUUGCUGUAGCUUCAUUAAUCUCAGUCGAUCUACAAACACAUAGCCUUUUAGCUAUACAAUUAGCUGCUACACAUUAACUCACAUUAACUCAGCACUGAGAUUAAAAACUAUAAUUUAAUAUGUACAGAUCUGUUAGCAGAAAAAAAGUUUUUAUUAGCAAAAGUUUUACAAAUACGUUUGCUUUACCUAACUUUUUUUUAUUGCAGUGUUAUAGCAAUUUUUCUGCAAUUCUACACAUUUUAACAUUGACUUAUGUCAUGUUAAUAUGAUAUCUGAGUGAGAGUGACUAACAAAAUCAAUGCGUGCCUGCUGAAGGUCAGGGCCCCUGGGCAUGUGCCCUGCGUGCCCAGUCGGUAAUUCGGCCAUGAUUACUAAAAGUUUAGAUAGCUGGCUAGACUAACUAGCCUAAAAAUGUUUUACUGACAUGGGCUAAUUGAGUGACUGUCAGUGAGUGACAUAACAAGAGGAAAACUGCUGAUGCACUACCAAGUUUUAAAAUUGCACCUUGUGUAUUCUACUAUUCUAAUUCCUUGAAAAAAUUACAGAGGUCCGGACCUCAGUGUCCUCAUAUGUAGCUACGGCCCUGUAAGUGCUAUAAUGGGGCGUCGUGAAAGCAGUGGGUUUUUUAGCUGCUACACUGGAGGCUUAAUUUUUCACUGCGUGAAAAGAGAGCAAGCCACUUAAUCAAAUGUUCUCAGGCGUGAGCCGCGUGUAGAAAUCUUGAAAAAAGAACCAGAGCAUAAUUUUAGAUUGAGCUGAGAAAGCUUCUCGCGGAGCAGCGCUGCUUACGCCCAGGAUAUAUUGAAAACAAUGGGCAUGUUUCAAGCUUGGCAAAAGUUACGUGUCCAGUGUAGCAGGCCUGUAAGGGGUACUGGAUAUGCUGCUCAGACACUUUUUAAAAAAGUGGUUGGGGUGUGGGCAGUGGGGGAAAAAGUACACAAUUGUAUUACUUGAGUAAAAGUAAAGAUACCUUAAUAGAAAAUUACUCAAGUAAAAGUGAAAGUCACUGGUUUGAAAUAUACAAUAGUAUCAAAAGUACAUGUAAUUACUCAAAUAUACUUAAGUAUGAAAAGUAAAAGGAAAGUAUAAAUCAUUUCAAAUUCCUUAUAUUAAGCCAGGGACACACUCCAACACUUAGACAUCAUUUACAAAUGAAGCAUUUGUGUUUAGUGAGUCCGCCAGAUCAGAGGCAGUAGGGAUGACCAGGGAUGUUCUCUUGAUAAGUGUGUGAAAUGGACAAUUUUCCUGUCCUGCUAAGCAUUCAAAAUGUAACAAGUACUUUUGGGUGUCAGGGAAAAUGUAUGGAGUAAAAAGUACAUUAUUUUCUUUAGGAAUGUAGUGAAGUAAAAGCAAAAGUAGUCCAAAAUAUAAAUAGUAAAGUAAAGUACAGUGCAAAAUUUGAGGUUUUCAAAUGCUAUUCAUUGAAUGAGACUGAUUGUCGUGACUCUGGUCUUGUCAUAUCACAAUGAAUAACCUUGUUCGAGGACUUCAUUUAAAGGAUUGAUUGAUUAUACAUUUUGUGGAUAAAGCUUACUUUAGAAAAUAGAGUUGAGUUAAAUGUCUCCAAUGAACCUGCUUCAAAUUAUAGAGCUCGGCGAGUCUCUCAGAUCCGUGAGGGGCUUUGUCUUUUAUCAAGGGUGAAAUAUGCAUUUGGCAGUCUUCAAUUUCUUCUCUCUUAAAACCUUUACUGUAUUAUUAUGAGCUAUGAAGAGUUUGACAGCAUUUUGAAUCCCACCAGCAGCUGCUUCUCAUUUAAGUGGAAUAGAACAUCCUCUCUCUUUAUAUUCCCUCCAAAAAAUAUUGUUCUCCGCUUUAACAGAACUAUGACAUAACCCAUGACCCUACGCCUCUGUAACAUUCAAAGCACUCUGCUUAAAACUUUUUUAUUAAAAAAUGUCUGCAUUGGUGAUAAAAAUAAGUUUAUUGGAAUUGUACUGCACUUACCUUCCCUGUGCCAGAAGAGAAUGUUAACUUUACAUAGGUACUGUUUCAAUAGAAAGUCAGAAUAGUAACUUGACACAGCCUACUGUUUGAAGAGAAUGGGUUAGAUGAGAGGAAGUAAGAGUCACUCAGUGUUGCCAAAUGCUUCUAUAGUGACUGGGACAACUUGGCUCUGUUAUAUCGAUGUCAUAAUGCCAUGAGUAUGCACAGAAAGCACAUUCUUUGGCCAACUGCUAUUUCACCGCUUCAUUUAAUAUUAAUUGUUGGGUGGCAAAUUGUAUGCUAUUCAGAAUUUCUGACAAUGCGUUAUUGGGAUUAUUUUUUAAUAUUUUCUAUAAAACAGCUCUAUUUGUUGUUUGUCUUUUCAGGGGAAAAUGAGCCACUGGUAAAGUCCAAAAUGAUAAGAAGAGGUAUACUUAGCAGCCUUGGCUGUAGCAAUUAACUGUAUUUAGCCCAGUUACUCCAAUUGUGGGAAGCAGGCUGGUAGGUAGUAGUAGUAAGCCUAGUAGUAGUAGUAGCAGUAGUAGCAGUAGUAGUAGUAGUAGUAGUAGUAGAAGUAGUAGUAGUAAGCCUAGUAGUAGUAGUAGUAGCAGUAGUAGCAGUAGUAGUAGUAGUAGUAGUAGUAGUAGUAGUAGUAGUAGUAGUAGUAGUAGUACUAGUAGUAGUAGUAGUAGUAGUAGAAGACUACUACUAGUAGUAGUAGUAGUAGUAGUAGUAGUAAUAGUAGAAGACUACUAGUAGUAGUUUAGUAGUAGCAGUUUACAAUUUAGUAUUACCCUAUCACAUGUUGACAAUGAAGUCAAUGCUCUUCAGUUAACGUGAACUGAUUAGAAAGGAAGCCCUUGUAAACUUAAGUCUGCUUCCAUAUUAUUUUACACAGCUUCUUUGCAGAGAGUGGUACGAUUGCCACAGCUGCCACCGCUACCUAACGUCCUCCCUGACACCAACCAAAUCAACCACACCAAGCCAGACAAGAAGCCUGUGUGCGGAAAGAGGAAUAAUAAGAGGAUAUCGGUGGCCAGGGGUCGUAUCCUGGGUGGCAGCUCUGCCCUGCCCGGUACCCAUCCCUGGAUGGCAGCCCUCUACAUAGGAGAUGACUUCUGUGCGGGCACCCUGGUCUCAUCCUGCUGGGUGGUCUCUGCUGCCCACUGCUUCUUCCGGAGGUACUGUAGAAUUAGAGCAUAUAGACACUACAGAUGUAGGAUCUUAAUUUGAUCACCCUGUUGCAGGAGAACUUUCCUGCAAUGCAGGACAUUUAAAACUUGGAAGUUUAUUUGAGAUUUGAAAAGGUUUCUGAAGUUUGUAAUUUCCACUUUGUAAUGUCAGACUUGAUUUUCCCCUACGAAAAAUGUACACUAUAUAUACAAUAGUAUGUGGACACCGCCAUGCAAUCUCCAUAGACAAACAUUGGCAGUAGAAUGGCCUUACUGAAGAGCUCAGUGACUUUCAACGUGGCACCGUCAUAGGGCACCACCUUUCCAACAGGUCAGUUUGUCAAAUUUAUACCCUGCUAGAGCUGCAACACUCACUACCGAGUUCCAAACUGCCUCUGGAAGCAACAUCAGCACAAGAACUGUUCGUCGGGAGCUUCUAUGAAAUGGGUUUCCAUGGCCGAGCAGCCGCACACAAGCCUAAGAUCACCAUGCGCAAUGCCAAGCGUCGGCUGGAGUGGUGUAAAGCUCGCCGCCAUUGGACUCUGGAGCAGUGAUGAAUCACGCUUCACCAUCUGGCAAUCCGACGGAUCAAUCUGGGUUUGGCGGAUGCCAGGAGAACGCUACCUGCCCGAAUGCAUAGUGCAUAGUGCCAACAAGUUUGGUGGAGGAGGAAUAAUGGUCUGGGGCUGUUUUUCAUGGUUCGGGAUAGGCCCCUUUGUUCCAGUGAAGGGAAAUCUUAACACUACAGUAUACAAUUACAUUCUAGACAAUUCUGUGCCUUCAACUUUGUGGAUACAGUUUGGGGAAGGCUCUUUCCUGUUUCACCAUGACAAUGCCCCAGUGCACAAAGCAAGGACCAUACAUAAAUGUUUUGUCGAGAUUGGUGUGGAAGAACUUGAAUGGCCUGCACAGAGCCCUGACCUCAACCCCAUCGAACACCUUUGGGAUGAAUUGGAACGACGACUGCGAGCCAUGCCUAAUCGGCCAACAUCAGUGCCCGACCUCACUAAUGCUAUUGUGACUGAAUGGAAGCAAGUCCCCGCAGUAAUGUUCCAACAUCUAGUGAAAAGCCUUCCCAGAAGAGUGGAGGCUGUUAUAGAAGCAAAGGGGGGACAAACUCCAUAUUAAUGCCCAUGAUUUUGGAAUGAGAUGUUUGACGAGCUGGUGUCCACAUAUCCCUGCAAAAAUAUCCACAUAAUAAUUCACAUUUCCUGCUGUAGCAAACUGGCUCAAAUGAAUAUCCUACACCUGUACAGCACUAUUUGGAGCAUCCAUUUGUGUUUAUCAUUUUUUUCACCUGUUUGUGUGUUAUGCAACAUUGAGUCUAUUUGACCAUAGAAAUAGAGUAUAUAGAGUAGACAGCUGGCCACUACAUCUGCAUUUGUGUUUAUUAUUUUGUCACCUGUUCGUGUGGUAUGCAACUAUGAGUUAGUCCUACAUUGCUUGAGGGACCAGGCACAUAUAUAGGCCUUGUUAAAUAAAUCAUUAUUAAUAUCUGAGUAGUUAGCAUGGAAUGGUUGCCCAAUAGUUGCACAGGUACCUAAGGCAGUGGAGAGGAGGGUAUUUUGUGAUUACUUUCACAUUCAACCUUUAACCUCACAUUUUGGCACAGCACACCACAGACACUAGUGGUCAGUACAGAGAUUAUUUACACUCUGGACUUUGACCUCAACAUUGCCAUUUUAUGAACACAAACUAUAUUUAGACGCAAAUAUUCAGUUUGAGGAAAAGCUUAAAAACAUUGGGUUUUCAAAUGCCCUUUGUAGGCCAAUAGGGGAGGAUUUUCCUGGUUACUAUGGUCUUGGGUCUUUAGGUUUAAACUUUUCAGUCCAGUCACUGUAUGUAUCAAGCAUCUCAGUAGGAGUGCUUAGGAUCAGUUUCACCUUUUAGAUUACAAUGACAAACAUUACAUGGACAGGGGGGACCUGGCCGUAGAUCAGCACUCUUACUCUGAGACACUUAAUACGUACAGCCCCAGGGUAUUAAUAUCAUACAAAUGAAGUGUCAUUGUAUUCAAUUUAAUUCAUGUGACAUAAUUAUCCUACAAUGUGCUACUAAUGACAGAGAAUGAUGUGUCUGUCCUCAGUCCCCUUGUGUCAAAGAUUCGUGUGAUUCUGGGUCAGCAUAAGUUCAACGUUACGACUCGUGACACCAAAACCUUUGGAGUGGAGAAGUACAUCUUUCCAGAGCAUUUCUCUGUUUUCAAUCCAACUCUCCAUGACAUUGGUAAAUAUAUUAUGUCACGUUCCUAUUCACUCACACUGACUAUCAUCAAACACACACGCAAACACUUUAUAGCACACACUCAGACACUGACUCACACACAUUGUCCUACACUACCACACUCGCCCACACACAGACUAACACAAACACUCACACAUCCCAGUCUGCCUGUCUGCACUCACAGCUGUGCAUCUUGGAACAGCUGGCUCCAAUGUGAAGACACACACUGACACACACAUUUUUGGUGUGACGGUCUCUGAGUGUCUGCGUCCAUUCCAAAGGGACUUACACUUCUCUCAUCUCUUGUUCUUCUCUUUUCUUCUCUUUUCUGAAAGCAAAACAGACAUUAUUCAGUAGUGCAGCCAUCACUCUGUGAUUUCAUGAUUCAACAUUUGAAUGACGAUAACAGUACAUCAUACAGCAUUCUAUAACUUAUUUGGAUGUCUCACCCGAUCAAGGGCGUAAUCAUAGGAAAUGAACAGUGGUUCUCAAUUUACCUUCUUAAAGGUUAAAUACAGGUUCAAUAAAUAACACCUGCUAUUGACUCUUUGUCACAUUUCCCUGUGUUAUGAUGAGAAUGUUUCUAUUCCAACAGUUCUUGUGAAACUGAAAAAACAAGAUGGCCGCUGUGUGAAAAAGAGCCAGUUUAUACGGCCAAUCUGCCUGCCCAAUAAAGACAUGACCUUCCCGGACUACUACUGCUGUCAGAUCACUGGCUGGGGCCACAUGCUUGAGAGUAAAGGUUGUAUCAAAAACAGUCCUCUGCUACAUUGUGCGUCUUUCACUCUAGUGUAGGCCUACUGGUCAGAUAUGUCAUAACGGUCUUGAAUGUCUUCAUAUCACCUUCAAAACUACACUGUAACAUCUCAAUGGAUCAGAUCCAAUCAUGUGCACUCACAUAUAGGCCCGUCCUUCAUAUUCAUGUCUUUACAUGAAUGUCUCAUGGAUGACACUGUUUUCAUAUGUCUCAUGGAUGACACUGUUUUCACUGUUUUCACCCAAUGCUUAUAGUGUAUGAGUCUAUCCCAGUCAUUACUGAUUUAUUUGUCUUAUUUUUCCAAAGAGGUGAAUAAAUACACCAACCUGCAGGAGACCGGGGUGAGGAUCGUCCCGUUUGAGAGGUGUAUCCUGCCUGAAGUCUACGGCAACCGUGUGACCUCCAACAUGGUCUGUGCUGGGACCAACCGAUGUGUGGAUGCCUGCCAGGUAAGAGUGCGUAGAUCUAAAGCUUUCUGGACCCAAAUUAGAAUAUAAUUAUAUAGAUAAUGUUUUAUUGUACAUUGUACAGCCAGCCAUGUGAUAAGGAUGUGUAUUGAGCGAUACAGUAUAAUAUAAAGAGGAACCACUGGGCAAUUUCAGUUUUAGUAGUGGGUUUACAGCACAAGCGGUUCUGCCUAUACGCAGACAAUGUGCUGCGCAUAGGACCCAAGACCAAUAGCAUUUCCCCCUACACUCUAUGGAAAAAUGUGUAGAAUUGCAGGACAUUAACUUUAAAGCUGAAAUUGUUCUCUCCGCCGCCAAAAUGGGGGCCACUAAAAUGUUUUGCCCUCAAGGUGGGUGUGGGGGGGCCCCCCCAACCAAAUCUCGUUUAGGGCCCCCAAAAUGCUAGAGGCGCUUUUGGUUCACAGAACAUGCAUAUGGAGGCUGCUGUAAGAAUUGCACGGCCUUCAGUUACUUUCUCUUUAAUGAAAAGUUAUGAUUAACUUCUCACCUUGUUUAUGUGUUGUAAUGACAAAUAUUGAGUGUAGGUAGGAGUGCAAUUUAUGUAUAUUGGUGUGUCUAAUAUAACGUUUUUGUUUGUGUGUGUGCCUGUCCAUGUGUGUGUGUGUGUCUGCGUGCGUGCCGGUCUGCGUAUGUGUGUUCCCCCAGGGUGACUCAGGAGGCCCCCUGGCCUGUGUGAAGGAUGAUGUCAGCUUCCUGUAUGGAGUUAUCAGCUGGGGCGAUGGCUGUGGAAAGACUGGGAAGCCUGGUGUCUACACCAAAGUCGUUAACUACGUGAACUGGAUCAACACAAUUAUCAAGCGCAAGCCCAAGUCUAAAUGAAUUACAGCUGGUAUUUUUAUAUGUACUAUGUGUACAUACUGUGGAAAGUAGUGAUUUUUACACAACUGUGAAAUAAAUGUUAUUUAGUUACUGAAUAAACAUUUUAAAUGUUGUUAAAUGUGUAUGUCCACCUGUCUUGAAAUUCCUAAUUUGAUGGGGUCCCUGUAACAAUACAUUAUUUCUGUCUUAGUGAGCCACCCCCAGAUGAUAACUAUUGAAUAAUUUAUUAAUUGGUAUUAAUCUUAGAGUCAAUUGCAAGCAGGUUUUAUUUUACUUAUAUUUCGAUUAAUAUCACCUGUUGAAAAAACAGCUGUUGAAGUAUAUCCUGGAAAAUUCCUUAAUUGGGUGGGUGCGGUUUUGUGUGUUGGUGCCAGAGGGGGGUGCACGACGCGCGUGUACAAUGGGUGAGUGUGUGCCCCUCACCAGUAGUCUAAAGCUAUUUUGAAAGUGACCGCUCAUUCGGGCACGGGACAGCGACACUGCAGCUGUUUGGAACCAUGACUGAAGAUGACGGAUACGGUUGUCGUGGAAGGAUAUGUCAAAUUCAGAGAUGGAAAAAAGGUGUUUACAAAACGAAAUAGUUAAUUGAAUUUGCAUGUGCUUCGAAGUUAUACCGCAUUUUAACACUAGCGUCUAUUUUGUACCGUUAUCUCUUUCAGUGGAAGACUAGGUGGGUCGUACUUCGCAAGCCAUCGCCUGUAGCAGGUACGUCGCUCAUUCUGUUCUACAUUUCAAAGCGCGUAAUACCAUACACGUUUCUGGAAUAACAGCGUACAGCUUUACAAUGUUUGUCUUCGUUACAUUUAUGUGGUAAUUUAAAACCAUUCGAUUCGAAAGUUUACUGCUGUGGUCUAUUUACUACCCUAGUAAAUCGAUAAAUAACUUUCUGCUUGUCAUUUGCUAAACAUCCCAAAUGAAAAGCAACUGGAAACAUAGUUGCAUUACUGAAUGCCAUGGAAUGAAAUAUUUUCUAAUGCAUAGGCCACUGUGCUGACGAUAGGUUCUAAUUUCAGGUUGCUCAUUCAGAACUUUGGCUAUCCCGGUGGCCCCUGUAUUAAAGUGCAUGUGUUCUGGUAGGCUACUAGGCUACAUUUAGAGGCUGCUGCUGCAUGUGUUUAUAACUGGUUUAUAACCAUGCAUAUCAGUCAAUUAAGCUGGAAAUACAAUGUAGGAAAUGUAGGCCUAUAGUUAAAUGUAAAUGUCUGUAGUUUAAACUAUAGUAGUUUAGUCUUCUGAUUGGAAGUGAUUACCUUUACUAUGUUAUUAUUAUUAUUAUUAUUAUUAUUAUUAUUAUUGUGUUUAUUUAUUAUAUGUUCAUAUAUAAUAGUAAAUGCACUCUGGUGAAGUGUUGACUUUCCUUCAGUGCAUGUUAUUGUGAUUGUGGGUCACCACAUGAGUAGCCUACUAUUCUCAAGUGGACAUUAUUUGCAUGCAUUGAAGACUUGCAGGGCAGCGGGCGCCAACUCUUUUGCACCAUUGACUGACAUUUCAUGCUUUUAAGUGGGUUAACUCACAAAGAUAUGGGCUUUCAUGUUCAUCCACACUUUGAUUAUGUAACCGCAGUGGAAAUAGAUGGAGCGGCCAUAUUGUGUUACACUAAAUCCUCCUUCUCUUUGCCUAUCUGGGCUCUGCCCGUCCCUAGGUGUUUAAUGGACUAGGCCGAGGUUGGAUGCAACUAUUCCUCAUCCCUUUGAAGUCCCUGUUAUCUCAGCUGUCCACAGUCAUGCAUGAGCUGUGUGUGUGUGUGUGUGUGUGUGUGUGUGUGUGUGUGUGUGCGCGCUUGGCGCCAGCGUGCGUGUGACAGAGAUAAUAAAAGGUAUUGUUUUGUCAGUUGACACUGUGAUUGUACUUCGAAAGUGCCAAAGAGAGGUGUGAGGAGGCCUCUGUCACUGACUACUGUCUGUCUUCAUCGUGCCUGUACAGCCACAGUAAAUGCCAAGCACCCAAGAUAACUGUAAGCUACCCUCUGACUUUCAUGCUAUGUCAAGGGGUACUGGUACUUACAGUAGGCCUGUUAUUGUUUUAUCACCUUGAGUGAUGAUGAGGCUGGACUAAAGAACAAUCAGCAUGUUUUAAAUGGCAUAGGCCUAUUAUGUGAUUUAGCCAUGUCUUACAGGAGCCAGGUGCUGUCAACAGGCUGGCUGAAAGUGCAAAAGUUGCUUAUUGAGUUAUUGUGUUGAUUGUAGCCUUCCAGGAUAUUAUAGUGAUGUCAGAGUCCUUUUGAUCUUUUAGAAGCAGGCUAGACAAUAUGGUCCAUUUAUUUCAGCCGUAUUUCUUCCCUAGACAGCAGGGAUGCACUGAAGUCUGGGUAUAAGAACUCACAUUUUCCCUGCAUCUCAUCCUCUCACAUCCGAACAGUCGGUACAAUACACUGCACUACAAUUUAGUACAGUACAAUACAAUACAGAACAGGACGAUACGAUAUGAUACAAUACAAUACACAGUUUAACUUUUUAGCCUAACUGUUCCAGGAAUACCAGUUUUUUAAAAGCUCAAAUUGAUUCUCACUCCACCCUAUUCCCUGGAAGGUUUCUCAAUACUAUGAUAACUCAAUGUAUAACACACUUUUCUGGUUGUAUUUAAGUUCCUGUCAUGCUUAGCCUCAACAUUCACCAACAACUAGGACUGCUUUUAGACUGUGAGCCAGGUUCCUGGACACAGAUUAAGACUAGUCCUGGACUAAAAAGCACGUUCAAUGGAGAUUUCCUUUGAACAUGCUUUUAAGUUUUAGUCUGUGUCCAGGAAACUGACCCUGUAUGUUGUAGGAUACAAAUGUUAUAGACCAUCAAUACUUUGUGAAACGUAAGGUUUUUGUUAUGUUCUCUCUUCUCUCCCCAUUUUCUUAGACUGUUUGGUACUUCUGGUCUACAAAGACAAGUCGGAUAAAGCCCAGGGUCACCGGGAGAAGGGCAGCAUCACCUUGGAGGAUAUCUGUGGUCUGGAGACAGGUCUCUCCUAUGAGGGGGUGAGCUACACGCUGGCCAUCCUCUGCCUGAGCCAGGUUGCCGUGCUGGGCUUCGACGGCAAGGAGGCUCUGCUGGCCUGGGACAUCCGCGUCCGCUACAGUCUGGGAGAAGGUGGGAUGGUUUCUUUUCUAAACUUGAUUACAACCAAACAUCACUUUUGGGAGCGUAAAUUAAUUUGGGGUUUUGUUUCUGCACUAGAUUUGGCUUUUUUUUAUUUUAUUUUUUUGGUUUUUACAACCUAAGAAUAGAUUAAUUGGUGUCCAUACCAUAGGUCUUUUCCACUUUGAAGUUUUAACUCCCAACAGGGUUUGUCCCAAAGUCUUAUGCUUUUGUGUUUCUAUGGUUGAAUUACAUGGGGCCAAAACAAAGCCUGGGGCUAAGAGAGUAUUAUGCCACCAGGUAGGUAGUAGAUAAUAUGUAUUACUCUGUGAGGCGUUGCGUCAAAUCAGCUUGGUAUAACUUGACCUGGCACAUCGGUAUCUGCUACAGCCUAGGCAACAGGUAGUCUGAUGCGUAGGUCCUUGUUGACAGUGUUCUCCAAUUACAUACUCUUCUGGGUGACCCAUGUGUUGUGUAAUAUGGAUUUAUGUAACAUGGGCAUCAAACCAAAUAAUGUUACAGUGAGGUGUUUUAGAUGUGUUACAGUGAGAUGUUUUAGAUGUCCGUUUGAUAACUGAUUUAGUAUGGAAACAAGGGGUAUUACGGGUUGUAUCUACUCAUAUCCCUGUCAGCACCUGGAAAUACCAAUUCAUUUACAUGUGUUUAGACUUUUCUAUGCUCGGAUGUUGUUUUAAAAGUUUAAUAAGGCAAUUGAGAUUUUGUAGGAAUCUCAGUGUCUCCACGGAGUCCAACUGAAUUGUGUUGUGGAACAAAUGAGUGUAAAAGAGGUCACAAAUCACAGAGGUAAUGAAUCUAUUGUGUGGAGUAUAAUUGGAAUGGUCAUGCGAACAUAUCACAGCUGCCCUGUGUGUGUGUCCCCAAAGUUUAUGCCAAUUUGUGUGUGUGUGUACAAUGUGUAUGCCAAUGUGUGUCUGUUCCACUCCACUGUGUGUGUGUUCCACUGUGUGUGUGUGUGUGUGUGUGUGGUGAUUGCCGUUCUUUGGUGUGAAGUGUGGCCAGGCACGUAGAAAUGUCACCUGCCAGCCCGUGGCUGUGUGCUUUUGUUGUGAGUUGUGUCACCCCAUGAAUCUCUCUCAAACUGAGCGAUGACAUGCCGGGACUGGCCGACAUUUUCUCAUCAUCGAAGCCAUCAAUCUCUCACCUAACAGAGUUUACUCACCGGUAUCAGUCAUGUGUUUUAGUAUAGUUACUGUUUAGCAUCGAGGUACUCCCACCUAUACACAUACUCAUUCACUGUUUCUCAAACACUUAAAAUCCAAACGCGCACGUGCGGGUACACACACACACACACACACACACACACACACACACACACACACACACCACUUAAAACAUAGAUAAACAGACACACAACACACGUUCCUACCCUGGCCAGGCCUGCCUUUCCUCUUAUGUUGCUCAUUAGCAAAAAGAUUAACUCAAUUACGUUGUUGUUUAUGAUAGGCUCUGAUUGAUUACAUUUGGGCUUCAGAUCUGAGCUCUACUCUGUUCUUAGUUCAGCUUACUGAUCUCACUCUUAGCUUACAGACCUCACUCUCAGUUUACAGAUCUCACUCUCAGCUUACUGAUCUCACUCUCAAUGCGCUCAACUGUUUCCCCUUCUUUUUAUUGUGCAGUUAAAUCAAAGCCAUACUGGAGCAAUAAUGUUUGGAAUUAAAUAGUUUUCUCUAUCCCUUUAUAGUUAUUGGCUACCAUUGAAGCCGAGGGAGGCAUAGUCUAUAAUGGGAUGUUUUUAUUAAGUCAAUGACCUAAUUUGUUUUUGUCUUGUAUUUAAGUGGUUUUCAACUUAUGUUCUUCUCUGUCCAGUCCACAGGUUCAGCGUUGGCAUCUUACCAGGCACCAAGUUGGAGAGCGGGCCUGCGAUUCUUCACUUGUGUAACAACCUACUGGUUCUGGCCAGGGACAUCCCCCCUGUUAUCAUCGGCCAGUGGAACCUCCCGGACCUGCGCAGAUAUGGGCCUGUACCAAAUGGCUUCGUCUUUGAGGGGGGAACGCGCUGCGGCUACUGUGAGUUGAUUGAUGUCGCUGUUGUUGUUGCGCUACGUCUAUUAACCAUUGUGCUGUUAUUGUCUCAUGAAAAAGAAGAGUGGCGUUGUCAUUGGUGCUUUCCAGUUUGACAUUUGGCUUCAGCAUGUGGAUCCUUUGAACCUAAGCCCAAUGGCCUAUAAGAUUAAUCUUGGACUGUUUUCUAAGAACUGACACAAACAUCUAUGUCUAUGUGAUCUGAUGAAGUAUUAUGGAAGUAAUAAAGAGGAUGUAUUUGCUUGAGCGAGUCAUAAGAAUACUAUCCAAUACAGUACAUAACAGUAUGUGACAACAGGAAAUCAUCCUCCACAGUAAAACUGUGAUGGACUCAAAUUCAAGUUGAAUGUGGCAUUGUGGCAUUUAAUGUAGGUUAUACUGUAUAUGAUGGUUAUUAUUUCCGAUGACCUUUGGGUACUUUGAAAGGACUAAAGGCUUCAUUUGAUUGAUCUAUGAUGAUGAGGGGAUUUAAUGACAGGAAAGUGGACAGUUACAGAAGUUAAUUCAAACUACACAUCUAAGCAUUUGUCUAGUUUUAUUUCUCUCUAUCAGUUUCAUGCCUGAUUCACAUGCAGAGUAUGUUGACAUGUUCUUUCAGCCUGUUGUAUCACACCACAAGUUGGUCUAACUGACAUGUUUCUAUGAUUUAUCUCAUCUUUGGGACUUCAACCGUGUUUUCAUUGAGAGCAUGAAAGACACAUUUGGCAUUCGGAGGAUUUAAAUCAUUACACUUCCAUGGGUUUUUACUCUUUGAGUCCUCUACCCUGUUGGUACAGCGUGCCAGCUGGCAUCUUUCAGAUAGAGAACAUUAGUGUCGGAAUUACAACUAGUGACUAGAGGGAUGAACAGAGUUGCUGGGUGUUUCUUCAUUUUUCUGACUCCAGUGUAGCUGUCCUUGGGUCCAACUCACAUUAACAUGUGUAUGUGAUUUGCGGUAUGGUAUUUUGCAGUUUACAUCCUGGAAUAGACACAAAACCGUUAGAGGGGGAAUGGAUGCGUGUCAACACCUGGAGUGGACACAGACAGGCACGCAAAGUACGCCGCAUAGCUGAAGACAUCAGAGCAAUAUUAAUACACACGAUCCACUGGAAACACGAGACUCCAGUAUGUGAUCCGUGAUUUAUUUAGCUCCAUUCAAUCUUCUCCUAGAGGCGCAACUUAAUAUCGUGAAGGUCACAUCGGGGAACGUUUUCCAAUCCAUGUGUCGUAAAAAAAAAAAAGGAAAGCACAUCCCUUUUUCAAAGACGGGAAAAAUGUUUGUGUGUACAUGGGAUCUACAGUGCAUUCAGAAAGUAUUCAGACCCCUUCACUUUUUCCACAUUUUUCCUUAUUCUAAAAUGGAUAAAAUAGUUUUUUUCACUCAUCAAUCUACACACAAUACCCCAUAAUGACAGGUUUGUAAUUUGUUUUGCAAAAUAAUAUACAUGAAAUAUAAGUAUUCAGACCAUUUACUCAGUACUUUGUUGAAGCACCUUUGGCAGCGAUUACAGCCUCGAGUUGCCUUGGGUAUGACGCUACAAGCUUGGCACACCUGUAUUUGUGGAGUUUCUCCCAUUCUUCUCUGCAGAUCCUCUCAAGCUCUGUCAGGUUGGAUGGGGAGUGUCGUUGCACAGCUAUUUCCAGGUCUCUCCAGAGAUGUUAGAUCGGGUUCAAGUCCGGGCUCUGGCUGGGCCACUCAAGGACAUUCAGAGACUUGUCCCGAAGCCACUCCUGCAUUGUCUUGGCUGUGUGCUUAGGGUUGUUGUCCUGUUGGAAGGUGAACCUUCGCCCCAGUCUGAGGUCCUGAGUGCUCUGGAGCAGGCUUUCAUCAUGGAACUCUCUGUACUUUGCUCCGUUCAUCUUUCCCUCGUUCCUGACUAGUCUCCCAGUACCUGCCGCUGAAAAACAUCCCCACAGCAUGAUGCUGCAACCACCUUGCUUCACCGUAGGGAUGGUGCCAGGUUUCCUCCAGAUGUGAUGCUUGGCAUUCAGGUCAAAGAGUUCAAUCUUGGUUUCAUCAGACCUGAGAAUCAUGUUUCUCAUGGUCUGAGAGUCCUUUAGGUGCCUUUUGGCAAACUCCAAGCGGGCUGUCAUGUGCCUUUUACUGAGGAUUGGCUUCCGUCUGGCCACUCUACCAUAAAGGUCUGAUUGGUGGAGUGCUGCAGAGAUGGUUGUCCUUCUGGAAUGUUCUCCUAUCUCCACAGAGGAACUCUGGAGGUCUGUCAGAGUGACCAUUGGGUUUUUGGUCACCUCCCUGACCAAGGCCCUUCUCCCCCGAUUGGUCAGUUUGUCCGGGCUGUAGGAAGAGUUUAGGUGGUUCCAAACUUCUUCAAUUUAAGAAUGAUGGAUACCACUGUGUUCUUGGGGACCUUCAAUGCUGCAGAAUUGUUUUGGUACCCUUCCCCAGAUCUGUACCAUGACACAAUCCUGUCUCAGAGCUCUACGGACAAUUCCUUCAACCUCAUGGCUUGGUUUUUGCUCUGACAUGCACUGUGAACUGUGGGACCUUAUAUAGACAGGUGUGUGCCUUUCCAAAUCAUGUCAAUUCAAUUGAAUUUACCACAGGUGGACUCCAAUGAAGUUGUAGAAACUUCUCAAGGAUGAUCAAUGGAAACAGGAUGCUCCUGAGCUCAAUUUUGAGUCUCAUAGCAAAGGGUCUGAAUACUUAUGUAAGUAUGAUUUUUUGGGGUUUUGUAUCAUUUGAUUUACACAACAUGCCUACCACUUUGAAUAUGCAAAAUAUUUUUUUGUGUGAAACAAACAAGAAAUAAGACAAAACAACAGAACUUGAGCAUGCAUAACUAUUCACCCCCCCCCCCCCCCCCAAAGUCAAUACUUUGUAGAGCCAUCUUUUGCAGCAAUUACAGCUGCAAGUCUCUAUAAGCUUGGCACAUCUAGCCACUGGGAUUUUUGCCCAUUCUUCAAGGCAAAACUGCUCCAGCUCCUUCAAGUUGGAUGGGUUCUGCUGGUGUACAGCAAUCUUUAAGUCAUACCACAGAUUCUCAAUUGGAUUGAGGUCUGGGCUUUGACGAGGCCAUUCCAAGAUAUUAAAAUGUUUCCCCUUAAACAUUUACAUUUUAGUAGACGCUCUUAUCCAGAGCGACUUACAGUUAGUGAAUACAUAUUUUUUUUUCAUACUGGUCCCCCGUGGGAAUCAAACCCACAACCCUGGCGUUGCAAACGCCAUGCUCUAUCAACUGAGCUACAUCCCUGCCGGCCAUUCCCUCCCCUACCCUGGACAACGCUAGGCCAAUUGUGCGCUGCCCAUGAGUCUCCCGGUCGCGGCCGGCUGCGGCCGGCUGCGACAGAGCCUGGAUUCGAACCAGGAUCUCUAGUGACACAGCUAGCACUGCGAUGCAGUGCCUUAGACCACUGCGCCACUCAGGAGUUUAAACCACUUGAGUGUUGCUUUAGCAGUAUGCUUAGGGUCAUUGUCCUGCUGGAAGGUGAACCUCCGUACCAGUCACAAAUCUCUGGAAGACUGAAACAGGUUUCCCUCAAGAAUUUUCCUGUAUUUAGCACCAUCCUCAUUCCUUCAAUUCUAACUAGUUUCCCAGUCCCUACCGAUGGAAAAACAUCCCCACAGCAUGAUGCUGCCACCACCAUGCUUCACUGUGGGGAUGGUGUUCUCGAGGUGAUGAGAGGUGUUGGGUUUGUGCCAGACAUAGCGUUUUCCUUCAAGCCAAAAAGCUCAAUUUUAGUCUCAUCUGACCAGAGUACCUUCUUCCAUAUGUUUGGGGAGUCUCCCACAUGCCUUUUGGCGAACACCACACACCAAACAUGUUUGCUUAUUUUUUUUCUGGCCACUCUUCUGUAAAGCCCAGCUCUGUGGAGUGUACGGCUUAAAGUGGUACUAUGGACAGAUACUCCAAUAUCUGCUGUGGAGCUUUGCAGCUCCUUCUGGGUUAUCUUUGGUCUCUUUGUUGCCUUUUUGAUUAAUGCCCUCCUUGCCUGGUCCGUGAGUUUUGGUGGGCGGCCCUCUCUUGGCAGGUUUGUUGUGGUGCCAUAUUGCCAUAUGGGAUGUUCAAAGUUUAUGAUAUUUUUUUAUAACCCCAACCCUGAUCUGUACUUCUCCCUGACCUGUUUGGAAAGCUCCUUGGUCUUCAUGGUGCCUCUUGCUUGGUGGUGCCCCUUGCUUAGUGGUGUUGCAGACUCUGGGGCCUUUCAGAACAUGUGACUGAUCAUGUGACACUUAGAUUGCACACAGGUGGACUUUAUUUAACUAAUUAUGUGACUUCUGAAGGUAAUUGGUUGCACCAGAUCUUAUUUAGUGGCUUCAUAGCAAAGGGGGUGAAUACAUAUGCACGCAACACUUUCCGUUAUUUAUUCUUUAUAAUUUUUUGAAAGUUAUUUUUUUUAUUUCACUUCACCAAUUUUGAUUAUUUUGUGUAUGUCCAUUACAUGAAAUCCAAAUAAAAAUCCAUUUAAAUUACAGGUUGUAAUGCAACAAAAUAGGAAAAAUGCCAAGGGGGAUGAAUACCUUUGCAAGGCACUGUAUAUUGAUGAGGAUUAUUUAUUUAAAAAAAAUUCAGAAAAGGCUGUAACGUAACAAAAUGUGGAAAAGGUCAAGGGUUCUGAAUACUUUCCGAAUGCACUGUAUACAUGGGCGCAUCUGAAUGUUUGUGUCUUGAAGGGCACGCAUUCCAGAGAUACACUAUAUAUACAAAAGUAGGUGGACACCCCUUCAAAUUAGUGGAUUCGGCUAUUUCAGCCACACCCAUUGCUGACAGGUGUAUAAAAUCAAGCACACAGCCAUGCAAUCUCCAUAGAAAAACAUUGGCAGUAUAAUGGCCUUACUGAAGAGCUCAGUUACCUUUCCAACAAGACCGUUCAUCAACUUUCUGCGCUGCUAGAGCUGCCCCGGUCAACUGUAAGUACUGUAAUUGUGAAGUGGAAAUGUCAAGGAGCAACAACAGCUUGGCCGCGGAGUGGUAGGCCACACAAGCUCACAGAACGGGACCGCCGAGUCCUGAAGCGCAUAGCGCGUAAAAAUCGCCUGUCGUCGGUUGCAGCACUCACUACAGAGUUCCAAACUGCCUCUGGAAGCAACAUCAGCUAAAUAAAUGUUCCUCUGGAGCUUCAUGAAAUGGGUUUCCAUGGCCGAGCAGCCGCACACAAGCCUAAGAUCACCAUGCGCAAUGCCAAGCGUUGGCUGGAGUGGUGUAAAGCUCGCCGCCAUUGGACUCUGGAGCAGUGGAAAUGCAUUCUCUGGAGUGAUGAAUCACGCUUUAACAUCUGGCAGUCCUACGGACGAAAUUUGGGUUUGGCGGAUGCCAGGAGAACGGCAUAUGCCCGAAUACAUAGGCCCCUUAGUUCCAGUGAAGGGAAAUCUUAAUGCUACAGCUAACAAUGACAUUCUAGACGAUUCUGUGCUUCCAACUUUGUGGCAAUAGUUUCGGGAAGGCCUUUUCCUGUUUCAGCAUGACAAUGCCCCCAUCAACAAAGCAAGGUCCAUUCAGAAAUGGUUUGUCGAGAUCGGUGUGGAAGAUCUUGAAUUGGAACACCGACUGCGAGCCAGGCCUAUUCGUCCAACAUCAGUGUCCGACCUCACUAAUGCUCUUGUGGCUGAGUAGAAAACCUUCCCAGAAGAGUGGAGGCUGUGAUAGCAGCAAAGGGGGGACCAACUCCAUAUUAAUGGCCAUGAUUUUGGAAUGGGGUGUCUACAUACUUUUGGUCAUGUAGUGUCCGUUGUCGCAGCAGAUGGAGAAGUGGGGCUACAGUGUUACUGGACCUCUGGUUUGGGGGUAAUGUUGCUGCAUGGUGUCUGGUGGUGAACUGGCCUCUUCAGUCUUUCCCAUGUAGACUUUCUUCAAGGCCAGGCUCAGCGUCCGUCUAUAACAACUCCCAGUGUUGUCAAAUAUCAAAACUGAGACAUUUCAAAGCCAUGUUAUGGCAAUGGAAACAGGGAUGGGUAACAAAGCUAUACUGGUGGGGGAAAGAAUCUGUUUUUUAUAGAGCUGAUCAAAGUAUGUAGAAUCACCCUGUCUUUUAUCUUGGAUAAAAUAAUGAUACCUGCAUUUGACAUCUGACCAAAGAUACUACUUCAAAACCCAGGAUAUUUCCGUUGAGAAAUAAAGAGCUUUAACAAUGCUUUUAAGGAGCAGAGACAGGGCCGUCUGAGUGCAGAUGGACAGUAGUAAGUGUGUUGUUAUAUGACUUAGUUCUCACUCAGUGCUUUCAUCUCCUGGUGCUGGUGUCAGUUAAUGGCCGCUGCUUGGAAGACUGUCAACUGCCACUGAGCCUGGGUAAAAAUAAGAGGACUAACAUUGACUCUCGUUGCUUCGCCGCAUAACUUAUUUACACGCUUGUCUAAAAACCUGUCCCCCCAGCGAAUGACGGCGCCUUGGUUUGGUCAUAUGGUUCUGACUUUAUAAGGUAGAAGUGGAGAUGUCCAUUAAGUUAGGGUGGGGGUGGGGAGUGUGUGAUGUGUGCUGCUUAGCUUUGUUGAAGCCUUUUCAUGAUGUCAUCAUUAAGGAAGUUAGUUAUCUCACCUGUUGCUUGUUGUUGUUGUUGUUGUUGUUGUUGUAGCCGGAGCCUUGAGUUGUCCUCAAAGCACCACUCAUUCCACUCAUUCAUUCAAAGCAUCACUCAAUGACAGAGGACUUUGCACUCAUGUACUGAAAUAAAUCGAUGCAGUAGUAGACAUUGCAGCUAUUGAACCCAUUCAUACUGUAAAUGAUACUCAAGUGAGAUUAUUAACUAACCUUUUGAAUUGGCCAUUUUACUCAGAACAGGAUGAUAGACGACAACAGAUUACUGCAGACAGGAGAUGUUGUAACCAGUGGAGGCUCCUCAUUGGAGGAAGGGGAGGACCAUCCUCCUCAGUGAAUUUCAUAGAAAUAAAAAUAGUGAAACAUUAGUUAUUCUUUUUAGAUAAAACUAUACUAAGUAUAUUCACGUCACCAAAUAAUUGAUUAUAACACACUGUUUUGCAAUGAAGGUCUACAGUAGCCUCAACAGCACUCUGUAGGGUAGCACCAUGGUGUAGACAGAGGACAGCUAGUUUUGUCCAAUAGAAACUCUCGUUUGCAAUUGUUGGACUAAUGAUUACACCCUAGAUCAGCUUAAUGCAGGCAAGAUUGUGCAAGGCGGUAUUGAAUGUGUAAGUGUCUGUCACCUUCAAAUUUCUCUCGACAUGUGCACCUACGUUGUAAACUUUAAUUCAUAGGCUAGGUUGUAGCAACCUGGGUAUAGGGAAAAUGUGAUUAUCAUGUAGUAGCCUAAAGCUAUGGAUGUCAUCCAAUAUGCUGUAAUAGAAAUAAGGCCAUGCUCAUGAAAAAAAUUAGCGUCCUCCCUCAUCUUAAACGGCACCGACCCCACUGGUUGUAACAUACGUCUUGAGUCCCCCUCAGUGUAAACAUCUGAGUGGUCUUAGCUGCUAACCUCUGAUCCCUUCUUAGGGUCGGUGGCAUCUAAAGAAUGUGACAGGGGGUAGCUCUGUGGUGGGUGGUCUCAGGACCAGGUGACAGAAGGACCCUUUUGGUGACACCCCCUGGUGUGUCUUGGACUUGGGAAUGAUGGUUAGCAGCCUUGGCUGUUAGCAGGGAGGGCAAGAGGGCAGGAGAGGUCCUGACCCAUUAACCCUCACACCCUUGCGCCCUUCACCACCUUUACACUUUGAAUUUGACAUUUUGAGUGACCAGAGCUGUAUAUCAGAGAUCUUGAUUUUUGACUGUUCAUUUGUGUUGUGUGAGGCUUUAUUUAGCCUUAGGUUAUUUAGCAUACAGAUGUAGGAUCUUAUUUUGAUCACAGCAGGAAAUGCAAACUUGUAGUGUAUUCAAGGUUUGAAAAGGCUUCUAAAGACUUAAUUUGCCCUAACGAAAAAUGUAUCAAGCUCUACAAAAAUCCACAUACUACACGGAACAAAAAUAUAAACACAACAUGUAAAGUGUUGGUUCCAUGUUUCAUGACCUGAAAUAAAAGAUCCCAGAAAUGUUCCAUUCACACAAAAAACAUAUGUCUCUCAAAUGUUGUGCACAAAUUUGUUUACAUAUCCUGUUAGUGAGCAUUUCUCCUUUGCCAUGAUAAUCCAUCCACCUGACAGUUAAGGCAUAUCAAGAAGCUGAUUAAACAGCAUGGUCAUUACACAGGUGCACCUUGUGCUGGGUACAAUGAAAGGCCACUCUAAAAUGUGCAGUUUUGUCACACAACACAAUGCCACAAAUGUCUCAAGUUUUGAGGGAGCGUGCAAUUGGCAUGCUGACUGCAGGAAUGUCCACCAGAGCUGUUGCCAGAUAAUUUUAUGUUAAUAUAUCUACCAUAAGCAUUGUUUUAGAGAAUUUGGCAGUGCGUCCAACUGGCCUCACAACCGCGUUGUGUGGCCGAGCGAUUUGCUGAUGACAACGUUGUGAACAGAGUGCCCCAUGGUGGCAGUGGGGUUAUGGUAUGGGCAGGCAUAAGCUACGGACAACUAACACAAUUUCAUUUUAGCAAUGGCAAUUUGAAUGCACAGAGAUACCGUGACGAGAUCCUGAGGCCCAUUGUCUUGCCAUUCAUCCAGCGCCAUGACCUCAUAUUUCAGCAUGAUAAUGCACAGCCCCAUGUCGCAAGGAUCUGAAAAUGUCCCAGUUCUUCCAUGGUCUGCAUACUCACCAGACAUGUCACCCAUUGAGCAUGUUUGGGAUGCUCUGGAUAGAUGUGGACGACAGCAUGUUCCAAUUCCCGCCAAUAUCCAGCAAAUUCGCACAGCCAUUGAAGAGGAGUGGGACAACAUUCCACAAUGGGACAACAUUCCACAAUCAACAGCCUGAUCAACUCUAUGUGAAGGAGAGGCAAAUUAUCUGGUUACACCAGAUACUGGUUUUCUGAUCCACGGCCCUACCUUAUUUUUUUAUGUAUCUGUGACCAACAGAUGCAUAUCUGUAUUCCCAGUCAUGUGAAAUCCAUAGAUUAGGGCCUAAUGAGUAUGAACUGUAACUCAGUAAAAUCUUUUAAAUUGUUGCAUGUUGCGUUUUUAUUUUCUGUUGCUGCAGGAUUAUUUUCCUGCUGUAGCAAACUGGCUCAAAUUAAGAUCAUACAUCUGUAUUCUGGAAUGUAGUGGGUUAACAUAAUUUAAACUCAGCAGUUUUUUAAUAUCUAAAGAAGUUCAAGGCUGCUCUUAUUUCACUAUCUGGCUAAGUUGAAAUGGACGUCAAUUUGCAGAUGGAUGACAAUCCAGAGUGGUCCAUUCAGUCUGUAAACAAAAUGAAUGGGUGCUAGCUAUUGGUGUGCUUGUGUGCCAACUGGCCAGUACAAAGAUGUAUCUCUGUACUCUACUUCCAUCCAGUUAUAAUUGACCCAGAGGGAUGUGGUAAAACAUUCUAUCUAAAGAGUGAAAUGUGACAUUAAGCCGGCGGACUAUGUGUGUUUCCUACAGGGGCUGGCGUCUUCUUCCUAUCGUCCAUGGAGGGCGAGCAGAUCAGCUUUCUGUUCGACUGCAUCGUCAGGGGCAUCUCCCCCACCAGAGGCCCUUUUGGACUGCGGCCAAUCCUGCCAGGUCAGUACCAAGGGUGUUUACUGCUGCGUUGUCGCGGCUAGCUAUACGGCUUGCCCAAACAAGUACAUACAGACCAGGGUGGUGAAUUUAUAGGACAGGACAUAUGGGAGUUAGGAGUAUUUUUAUCACAUUUCUGGGCAAUUUAAAUGGAGAAUAUGGAUGAAAUGUAGCCUCAAUGUAUCCUUGUGGUCAUUCUGAGGUAAGUUAUGUAGAGGUAUAUUAUCCAUUGUCUUUUCGCCUUCUGACUUGGCAAACACUUAAAUUGAACAUUUGCUGUCUUAAUUAAAAUUAAGCGUUCUUCAAGAGAUACUUUGUGUGGGAUUUAUCCUCACUAUAAUAGUAGCCCACCAUGUGCUUUCUGGAAUGCAGCCACUUCCAGAGGUUGUUACACUGAGUCCCAUGGAUUCCAUCCAAUGUACUUGGAUCCAACAGCAUUAUGACUGACAGCUGUUUUAUACAUAAUUGGAUUAUCUGGAUACAGACCAUAAUAUUAGUGAAUAUAAUCUGAUAACCACUGGACUAACUGUACCGUAAGCAGCGUAUACAACGGGGCCACCUUAUAUAUAUGUAAUAGGAUAACCACUGUACUAACUGUAAUUAUAGCAGCAAAUUCAAUCCAGUCACCUCUGCAUAGUCUGUUGCGUCGUGAGAGAGGGGUUAGUGUGGGCGCUGCAGCUGUGGCUUGUCCCACUGGGUAUUCCUGGUUUCACACAUCCCCUCGGCCAAUCAGGCCUUGAGCUCAUCUCCUAUUAUUGUAGUCCGUAGUAGAAUAAAUAGCAGGGGACGAUGUCAGAGGGAGAGCGGGAGGUCAAAGUCACAGUUCACACAAGCAGAGCGCACCAAACCCUUCUAAUCACUCUGGGCAUGUGUGUAACCUCAUCCCCAGAAUUCCUGUGUCCCCUGCUCUCCACCAGCACACACUCAGUGCCCCUCUCUCUCUCGUUCUCUCUCUCUAUCUCUUGCUUUGUCUCUUUCACAUUUUCCCCUUGCAUUGCCCCCCAUUUCUCUCUCUCUCUCUCUCUCUCUCUCUCUCUCUCUCUCUCUCUCUCUCUCUCUCUCUCUCUCUCCUCCCUACUCUCCUGUAAACACCACUGUCCCUUCUCGUGCAAGGGAACAGGGUUGUUGACAAGACGCUGAAGCAGAUGCCAGCUGUUACGUCCAGUUGAUUGCAGUCUUUUCAUUAACCGUUAGAUAUGCCGGUAUCACAUAAAUGGCAAUCCAUUUGAAAUUCUCGAGGUAGUCUUUUGCCAUUUGUAUGUCAUUUUGCCCUCUACUUGCACAAUAAAAAUGACAAUGACCCUUGGAAAUUACCCUUGACAAAAUAUGGGUUGACCAGGAAAUCAAUGUAACUUACCAAUAACAGCUGACCUUGGGUUGGGACUAAGGUAACUUACAUUAGAUCCUCAGCGCAGUACUAACGAUCCGUAGCCACACCAUCUCCAUUACGCGUACCACAGGGGCCACGUGGCAAGCAGUGCUAUUAAUAAACACAUGUAGUGUUGCACAAACAGCAAGGUGUACCCCUGUGUGACCCUGUUCUCUAUUACCUCGCUAAAGGCCUGGCAUUCUCACCCUCACAGAUAGAGGGCGACGUGACAGCAUAACGAUAACUCUAGCACUUGAGGUCGUCUCAUUCUCAGUACUGGGUCAUGUUCAGUAGGGCACACCGUAGCGAAAAGUUUUGCAUAGGAAAACAAAAAUCUGUGUUCUUAUUGGAUACGUUCAGGUAUUACCUUUUCGGUUUGACUUCGUUUAAGAUCUGUUUUCUUCCUACUGAACAGGACCCUGUACUGAUACUGCCUGCCCUAUUAGAUGUGUGCUAGAGAAAAUGUAACUUGUGUAUACACUAGUAACCCUUCUGUUGAUCACAGCUAGAGUGACCACAUUUAAAAUAACCAAAUGCGGGACAAAGGGAUGAUUUUGCUGGACAUUAAUACAUGUUUAUUCCCCCACCCAAAAAGCCCAAACAAGCUAAUUGUAGUGCGCCCAUAGGCUAUUUUUGUCAUGCUGAAACGAGAGACCAAAUGUGUGUCUGUUUUAUGAAAAUCUGGGAAUUCUUGGCCAAGGAAACAUUUCUGGUUGGCCUCAGGGAAUGUAAAACAGUUAGGAAGGGAGACUUUGAACACUGGAUUGAGUGAAGUAGCAGCAAAUAUGUUAAGUGAGCAACUAAUGAACAUGGAGAGCCUCUCAAGUUUGACAAAAUCACCUUACAUGUUUUCAGUUUAAUCACCUUAUAUAUAUUUUCAGUCUAAUACGGCUAUUUACUUACUUUUGUAGCUCUUCCUCAGAAGCAUGCUGUUUUAACUGUCCUCUCCAAGUUUAGCUGGAAUUUCGACCGAAAGGAUUUGACAAAUGGGAUUGGUUGACGAUGACAUUGGCCUCGCCUUACGCUGCGCUGGAUAUCAGAUCUCAACAACGAUUGGAUUAGUGUUUAACAUCUCCAGUACCACAUCCUUAUGAUAUACAGUACCAGUCAAAAGUUUGGACACACCUACUCAUUCCAGGGUUUUUCUUGAUUUUUACUAUUUUCUACAUUGUAGAAUAAUAGUGAAGACAUCAAAACUAUGAAAUAACACAUAUGGAAUCAUGUAGUAACCAAAAAAGUGUUAAACAAAUAACCACCCUUUGCCUUGAUGACAGCUUUGCACACUCUUGGCAUUCUCUCAACCAGCUUCACCUGGAAUGCUUUUCCAAUGGUCUUGAAGGAGUUCCCACAUAUGCUGAGCACUUGUUGGCUGCUUUGCCUUCACUGCAGUCCAACUCAUCCCAAACCAUCUCAAUUGGGUUGAGGUCGAGUGAUUGUGGUGGCCAGGUCAUCUGAUGCAGCACUCCUUCACUCUCCUUCUUGGUCAAAUAAGGGCUGUGUAAGGGCUACACAGUGUGUUGGGUCAUUGUCCUGUUGAAAAACAAAUGAUAGUCCCACGAAGCCCAAACCAGAUGGGAUGGCGUAUCACUGCAGAAUGCUGUGGUAAGCAUGCUGGUUAAGUGUGCCUUGAAUUCUAAAUAAAUCAACGACAGUGUCACCAGCAAAGCACCCCCACACCAUAACACCUCCUCCUCCAUGCUUUACGGUGGGAAAUACACAUGCAGAGAUCAUCCGUUCACCCACACCGCGUCUCACAAAGCCACAGCGGUUGGAACCAAAAAUCUCAAAUUUGGACUCCAGACCAAAGGACAGAUUUCCACCAGUCUAAUGUCCAAUUUGUCACAGUCUCCUCUGAACAGUUGAUGUUGAGAUGUGUCUGUUACUUGAACUCUGUGAAGCAUUUAUUUGGGCUGCAAUUUCUGAGGCUGGUAACUCUAAUGAACUUAUCCUUUGCAGCAGAGGUAACUCUGGGUCUUCCAUUCCUGUGGCGGUCCUCAUGAGAGCCAGUUUCAUCAUAGCGCUUGAUGGUUUUUGCGACUGGACUUUUUCGUAUUGACUGACCUUAAUUUCUUAAGUAAUGAUGGACUGUUGUUUCUCUUUGCUUAUUUGAGCUGUUCUUGCCAUAAUAUGGACUUGGUCUUUUACCAAAUAGGGCUAUCUUCUGUAUACUCCCCCUACCUUGACACAACACAACUGAUUGGCUCAAACGCAUUAAGAAGGAAAGAAAUUCCACAAAUUAACUUUUAAGAAGGCACAUCUGUUAAUUGAAAUGCAUUCCAGGUGAUCUCAUGAAGCUGGUUGAGAGAAUGCCAAGAGUGUGCAAAGCUGUUAUCAAGGCAAAGGGUGGCUAUUUGAAUAAUCUAAAUAUAAUAUAUUUUGAUUUGUUAAACACUUUUUUGUUAUGUGUUAUUUCAUAGUUUAGAUGUCUUCACUAUUAUUUUACAAUGUAAAAAAUAGUAAAAAUAAAGAAAAACCCUUGAAUGAGUAGGUGUGUCCAAACUUUUGACUGGUAGUGUAUAUCUUGACAAAAGCGCAACUUGGACCUCUCGAGUGGUGCAGUAGUCUAAGGCAGUGCAUCGCAGUGCUAGCUGUGCCACUAGCAAUCCUGAUUCGAGUCCAGGCUCUGUCGCAGCUGGGAGACCCAUGGGGCGGCGCACAAUUGUCCCAGCGUCGUCCAGGUUAGGGGAGGGUUUGGCCAGCAGGGAUGUUCUUGUCUCAUCGCGCACUAGCGACUCCUGUGGCGGGCCGGGUGCAGAAACAUAUUUAUUUUGACUAUUAAUCAACAGAUAUAAACAGAAUUUUGUCCAUUCUACUGAAAUGUCUCACAAGGGCCUAAACUGAUAUAUUAUUUUAGGAUACUGUAGUAAAUGACCAAAGAGCAGUAGAAUAUAGUUUAUUGGAAUUACUACACUGCUCAAAAAAAUAAAGGGAACACUUAAACAACACAAUGUAACUCCAAGUCAAUCACACUUCUGUGAAAUCAAACUGUCCACUUAGGAAGCAACACUGAUUGACAAUACAUUUCAUGCUGUUGUGCAAAUGGAAUAUACAACAGGUGGAAAUUAUAGGCAAUUAGCAAGACACCCCCAAUAAAGGACUGGUUUUGCAGUUGGUGACCACAGACCACUUCUCAGUUCCUAUGCUUCCUGGCUGAUGUUUUGGUCACUUUUGAAUGCAGGCGGUGCUUUCACUCUAGUGGUAGCAUGAGACGGAGUCUACAACCCACACAAGUGGCUCAGGUAGUGCAGCUCAUCCAUGAUGGCACAUCAAUGCGAGCUGUGGGACGAAGGUUUGCUGUGUCUGUCAGCGUAGUGUCCAGAGCAUGGAGGCGCUACCAGGAGACAGGCCAGUACAUCAGGAGACGUGGAGGAGGCCGUAGGAGGACAACAACCCAGCAGCAGGACUGCUACCUCCGCCUUUGUGCAAGGAGGAGCAGGAGGAGCACUGCCAGAGCCCUGCAAAAUGACCUCCAGCAGGCCACAAAUGUGCAUGUGUCUGCUCAAACGGUCAGAAACAGACUCCAUGAGGGUGGUAUGAGGGCCCGACGUCCACAGGUGGGGGUUGUGCUUACAGCCCAACACCGUGCAGGACCUUUGGCAUUUGCCAGAGAACACCAAGAUUGGCAAAUUCGCCACUGGCGCCCUGUGCUCUUCACAGAUGAAAGCAGGUUCACACUGAGCACGUGACAGACGUGACAGAGUCUGGAGACGCCGUGGAGAACGUUCUGCUGCCUGCAACAUCCUUCAGCAUGACCGGUUUGGCGGUGGGUCAGUCAUGGUGUGGGGUGGCAUUUCUUUGGGGGGCCGCACAGCCCUCCAUGUGCUCGCCAGAGGUAGCCUGACUGCCAUUAGGUACCGAGAUGAGAUCCUCAGACCCCUUGUGAGACCAUAUGCUGGUGCGGUUGGCCCUGGGUUCCUCCUAAUGCAAGACCAUGCUAGACCUCAUGUGGCAGGAGUGUGUCAGCAGUUCCUGCGAGAGGAAGGCAUUGAUGCUAUGGACUGGCCCGCCCGUUCCCCAGACCUGAAUCCAAUUGAGCACAUCUGGGACAUCAUGUCUCGCUCCAUCCACCAACGCCACGUUGCACCACAGACUGUCCAGGAGUUGGCGGAUGCUUUAGUCCAGGUCUGGGAGGAGAUCCCUCAGGAGACCAUCCGCCACCUCAUCAGGAACAUGCCCAGGCGUUGUAGGGAGGUCAUACAGGCACGUGGAGGCCACACACACUACUGAGCCUCAUUUUGACUUGUUUUAAGGACAUUACAUCAAAGUUGGAUCAGCCUGUAAUGUGGUUUUCCACUUUAAUUUUGAGGGUGACUCCAAAUACAGACCUCCAUGGGUUGAUACAUUUGAUUUCCAUUGAUAAUUUUUGUGUGAUUUUGUUGUCAGCACAUUCAACUAUGUAAAGAAAAAAGAAUUUAAUAAGAUUAUUUCAUUCAUUCAGAUCUAGGAUGUGUUAUUUUAGUGUUCCCUUUAUUUUUUUGAGCAGUGUAUAUCAUUGCUAUGGUGUGGUAUAGAUACUAUGUUGACUGCUGGUAAAAUAAAGGUAAAGUAAAAUGAAUACUGUUGUGUUUCACUCCGACAGACCCCAACGCUGCCGCCAACCAGGCCUACUCUGAGGAGAGGGUAAACCAUGAGGCCCAAGAGCUGGAGAAACGCCUUAGCAUGCUGUCUCACAAGAGCAGCACAGGUACAUUACCUCACCAUUCAUUCUAUUCCAGCCAGUACAAAGAGCCUGUCCUUCAAUGCAAAAUCAUUACCGUUAUUGCGCUGUACUGAAAGUGCUCUAUCUUGAAAACUUGACUGCUGACAUGCACCGUUUUUUGGGGAUUGUAUUAACAGUGGGCUAAUGAACAUAAUACUACAAUAUAGUUUAUGAGUGAACUAUCCCUUUAAAGGCAUCCACUGCUCACCAUUCAUCUACCUUCGACAACAUAUGGAACAUGUAUUAGAGUUAGUAUUAUUCAUGACUAAUCCAUGGGAAAUUAGACAUUGCCCAGUAAUGGUGCUUGUUGCAUUAAUGUAACUUUCUAAAAGUAAGUUUCUAUAGCGUCAUAUAGAAAUGUGUCUUAUGUUGUUGAUUUAUUGUGAGUUAUGACUGUGAAUACCAUCCAGGAAAGUGAGGAGACCUAUUUUGGAUAAUCUGAAGUUAUGCUUUAUUGAUGUGCUUGUGUAGAUAAGGUGUAUAAGUAAUAUAAUUUUUAUAGAAUAAAUCAUCUGUUUUUUUUUUAUGUUGUUUUGGAAGCCUCCUCCACGUAUGGUCUGUCUGUGGCGGGAGACGACCGCAGCAUAUCAGGCUCCUCUGACACCUCUGACACCAGCCAAUCAGACUCCAGCAUCGGCAGCCGGCUGGCCAUUUGGACUGAGCCUGUCACAACAAGCUCCGCCCCCACAGAGACCAUCAUUGGCCAGUCUGGGCCCAAGGUGGCCUUACAGGCCGAGGAUAAACUGUCCGUCAUCCAGGUGGGCGGAGCUCGUGCAGUAGCCAAGCCCCCUCGGUCCCGGCAGCUGCAGGAGAUUGGUCGACAGAGCUCGUCCGACAGCGGCAUCGCCACAGGAAGCCACUCCUCCUACUCUGGGAGUUUCUCCUCCUACGCGGGUAGCCUGGACAUUGGCUCUGGGGGGGAUGACUUUGGCUCCCUGCUCAGCCUGCCCCCUCACCUGGCCCUGGACCUGGCCCCCUGUACCUGCCCCCCAGCCCCAGGACACGAGUACCAGGUACCCACGUCACUGAGAUACCUCUAUGACACCCCCCGGAAUCUACUGCAGGGGGGAACAGGAGGGGCCAGGGGGCACCAGACCUCCACAACAUCUAAGGACCACGUGGCUAGUUCACCCCAAUCACCCCCAUCGUGUAAGUCAACACAGGGAGAGAAAGAGGCUCCUCUCGGGGGUCGCUCGGACACUGUUGUCAGGCGCUCAACGGCUGAUCUCCUACAGGGGCACUCAGAGGAGAGUAAGAGCAGGGUGGCGCCGCCUAGUGACAGUCAACACCCGGACUCCCAUCAGAUAUGCAGCAGUUCCCAACUCACUGCCUCCAAAACCCUCCUAACCAUCUGCUCCACCUGUGGAGGAUUCAAGGUACAGACAGCUGGGGUUAUUGUAUUUCCUUAAUUCCUUCCCAGCUAGCACAUAACGUUCUGAGAACCAUAUGUUUCUUAGAGCUUGGUGAAAGGGUGGUUGUCCUAUGGUUAUUUUGCAUACAACCUUCCCACAAAUGUACAGUACUUUAGCGUAACGUUUUCUGAAUUUUUCCUCAUGGUUCUAUUUAAAGUCAUGUUCUCAGAACAUUAAGAAAACGUUCCAAUAAAAUAAUAAUUAUUAUAAAAACAUAUACAUUCCAUUCUCAGCGUCAACAAAACUCUCUCUAUCCUCUGUCUCAUUAAGUUUGUUCAGCUGUGUUAGCCACACCCACUAAUUGGCCACACCUGAUCUUAAUGAGUGCUUGUUUUCUUUGAAAUGUGAUCUGUUUGAAUAGACUAAAAUGAACAGCUUUGUGUGAGUAAAAAAAUACAUGGCAUGCUAGCUCCAUCCUGGUGGGGCAGUGGCUUUAAGAUAUGGAUAGAGAACAGAAGAUCAUAGGUUCAAAUCUCACUGACCCCCAUGCCACAAUAAAAAAGAAAUGUGUUUGAAUGAAUAAACAAAUUGAUUUCCAUAUGUCUUAUCUGUGCUUGCAGUUCAAAACAGUUAAGCUAGCAUUCUUACUAAAACAUUUUCUCAGGACGUUAUUUAAUUACCUUCAAAUAACCUAUUAUUUAUUUUCUCAGAACCACCCUGCAACUACAAAAUGAACGGUCCCAGAACAGGCGAAAUGUUAACUUCCGUUCUCAGAACAUUUAAAAAACGUUCAGUUUUACUGGUCAGAAAACAUACGGUUUCGUUCCCAGAACCAACGAGAAACCAAAAAUGUACUUCCAAGGAACCAAAUCUGCUAGCUGGGUUGUGUGUCCUCUCUCCUGACUCUUCUCAAAACCUAUUGGAGUAGAGGAACUUUUGAUCCUCUCCUCCAAUGCGUUUUGUGAAGGAGGCGAGGAGUGUAGACAUGAAUUAAGGAAAUACAAUUGAGAUGCUGCCCUGUUUACUUCUAUUAAUCUAUGGUUGAAAAGUGUACCCUUUGUUUAUUUUCAUCCAAUUGACUGUAUUCAACUGGUUCGUCUCACUUUUAUCAUCAUCAAAUUGAUACAGUUUGCACCAAAAUGUUUAAUUUCUUCAGAAUUGCUUUGUUUGUCUCAUGAGUACCAACUACCAAAGUACAAAGAUACUGUCAGCAGCUUUCGAUUAGACUUCAUCAUUCAGAUUCACAAAAAAAUCUGUUUUUGAUAGGAAAAUGGAUGUCAAUUGCCUCCUUUUUGGUUUGUAUCUGAAUUUUAGCAUUCAAAAACAUAGCUCCCUCCCACUCUCAUAUAGCAUAUCCUUCCAACUCCAACUGCUCCUCUUGUGUAACAAGUCUUUAUAACAGUUUGUAUGACUGCGAGUAAGGCUUAGUCAUCUUGGUAUCACCUGUUGCCGGCUAUUGCUGUCAAUAUGGCCCUUUCUGUGAAAUCUCACAGCAAUUGGUGUUGGAACAUUAACAGUCUUGCUGCCUGUCUGUCUGGCAAGGUGUGCACUCUACUAACCAUUUGAGGUUCUAGCUGUCCUUUCACUCAAGCAGGUCAGGAAAUGCUCUUCUGUGCGUAGAUGUUGUUCUUAUAGUCUCUCAAACACUCCCAUCUCUGUAAGAAGUGUCUUCAUAAGAGCAUCUGUGUCACCAUAGUUACUGCUCUUCUAAUUGGGCCUCCAUUUUGGGAUUGUACUAUCAGUCUGGGUUGUCUUGGGCUUUUCAAACUGAUACUCUUCUUCUCUCUCUGAGGUCAUCCAAGUGCAAGGAAUUGAUUUGAACUUCUUCUCGUUACAAACUUUUUUUUCCACUGUCUUGGCUUGUUAUGGAACCACAAGAAAGGAUAGCCCUUCCGUUUGAUCUUUGAAGAUGAAUCUCGUUUACAAGUGAUUUACAACGUAAAGCCUCAUACUCAUAUACUUUGAAAGAGGACUUAUUCAUAUAAGGAGUAUGACACAUGAUUAGAUCCCAAUUUAUUCAUAAAACCUUCUCUGUGGAAUAAAAUAACUGAUUAUAGUCAUUUAUCUUUUUUUUUAUAGUCAUCCAAAAUAUACCUCUUAUUAAGCAGUGCUUUUGAUUAUAUUGAAAAGACAUCCAAAUUAAUGAAUAAAAUGUCAGACCAUCAGAAUUUCAAACAUCUUAAAACAAAGUGCUCUUCUUUGGUCAAAGCGGGUCUGUUUCACUCUCUGAUUAAACCACUUCAAUUGAUGUUUAUGUUUUUUUCUACCCCGUAUAUGAGAGAAAACAACCAUUUAUAUGUAUUUUGUUUCCUCUGACUUGUCUUUAGUCUAGCCUUCAGUCUCUGAAAUAUAUUUCCCAUGAGUGAUGUAAAGCUCCAGCCUUACAGUGCAACAAUUCAUCGGUUAGUUGCCUAGCACCAGUCCUAUGGGAUAAAGCAUUGUGUGGGUGGAAAUCUAUCAACACAGUUGUAAUACUCAACCUCAGCUCUCAGCUAGGAAAACAAAGACCGUUAAGGGCCCAAGGGUUCCAAUAACUAAUUGUAACUCUAUGUGAAUAAGCCAUAGCAGCUCUCGUGUUUUUACCAAUAGUCAAUGCCCUAGCAAUACUAAUUGAAAGACUCUGGCACAAAAAUUAUAUUGUGAAAGGAACUGUACCUGCUGACACUGUUUAGUCUAGUCUGAAUUAUUGAAGAUGUUCUCUUUCCUCAUCUUCUCACAGGGGACCCCGCUCUCCUACACUGGGGGCUCAGCAAUGCCAGCCAUACCAGGUUAGUCUGCUCCACUAGGUGUGUGUGUGUGUGUGUGUGUGUGUGUGCGCGCGCACCCGAUGCCAUGAUAUCCCUUCAUUAUUCCUGUCCAAGCAUGAAUUGAUUUUUCAGACCUGUGUUUACUUUGCAGCAUGUUUAGAUAAGUAGUUUGUUCUUAUGACUGAAUCCCAUGAAUUAUUAAACCGUUGUGCAGAUUUCCUAAUCUGUGUAACUAGAAAGGAGAUGCGUUAAGCUCCAAGGACAGAACCUAUGGACUGAGGAUUGGCAAUUGCCUCAGAACCUCCCAUUUUGAAAAUCCAGCAGGUGAAAGUAUUGAUAAGUGCCCGUGCAGACCCACCAGCAGCUCCUCAGAAUACAUCAAGGUUGACGCACUGAAGAAAACUACAGAGACCAUGUCCUCACCUGCCUCAGUGACCAAUCACAGCUCUGAGAAGCUAAAGAGGAGGAAUGAGGGACCAGCAGCUCUACAGAAGAAAGGCAAGGGGAAAUUAGCUGACCUCUUAGCAGACCUAUUAGGCUACGGCGGCACAACCGGAGAGCCAGGUACAAAGACAAACAAACUGAAUCUUUAUGAAUCAAUGGCUUCUGCUUUGGGACGUGAGCUUAGAUCCCAACAACCUGUUAUCAACUGUGGACCUUUGCGUGAUCUGAACUCAGCAAGACAAGGGGACAAGGGGACUAUCAUUUACGAAAACUGCUUCAAGUGCAAGAAAGGGGAGGAGUGCCAUCCGCCCCCUAGGGGGACACCAGCAUUGCCCCGGAACAGCUUUGUCCUACAGGUUGGUCAAAUGCACCACAGUGUAUGUUUUGGACAGCCACUAUCCUCUGAGCCCUUGAAGAACGGUGUGGGCUGUGAAAAGACAUCUAAUGAAGAGCAGCCUAUUGAAGUGCAACUGCUGGACCCUAAACUCCAAGAUGGAGACCUUCCAUGUGUGGAGGUGAAAGAUCAUUCAGUAUCGAUUGAAGGUAAGAGAGUGCCCCCUUCUGAUUUAUUCUUCUCCUAUCUUCAUGGACUGAACUACAUGCUAACAAACAAAGUCAGCCUCUUCAUUCCUGGCUUCUUCCCUCCUUCCUUCCUUCCUUCCUUCCUUCCUUCCUUCCUUCCUUCCUUCCUUCUCUUCCGCGCUCCUAAAACUGUGUUCCUUUUAAUGUUUCCAUCCCCGUUCUUUUCUUUGACUUUAAUUAAAAAUAUAUCAUUUAAAAUAAUCUUUCUUCUCUGUUUCCUCUGUAUUUCUUGGACUAUUUCUCCUCCCUCUGCAAGCUGGUGAUGCCUCUCUAUGUUCUCUUCAUGCUGUAUUGAUUUUGUGAUUGAGCUGCUUUGAAGGUUGGGAUAGAUGCAGAGAAGCUCAACCAGCUGCUGCAGGAUGAAACAGAAUGUGGUUAGGAUCAACUGAAUUUUACACGACUGUGACGGUAUACAAGAAAAUUAGAAACUUAAAUGACAAUUGUCAUUUUUGUCCAGCAUGACCCCAGAGCUUCGCUGACAGUUAUUUAGACAAUGUGGUUUUGUGGAGGUUUCCAUUUGUACAGGAAAUGACAUUAGGGCACUGUGUUGGCUGCUGUGCUCGUAACAGAGCCAUCCCCAUGAGUAAUACAGCACUUAUCCCAACCACACUAGGGCGCUCCAGACAACAUCGACAAUGUAAUGCUAUAUCCUGACCUCCGACAUGUUGCGGUUGUGUACGACAAUAAUUAAUUUGUCCCCUGCAAUUGUCUUCCAAGUCGUUUCCCAUCCUUGGAUCAAACAGGUUAUGUGUGUUUGGGGACCGAGAGACGCCACUUCGGCUGCAUUAGUUCACAGCAUGUAGUAGAGGAAAAGGAGAACUUGAUAUAGGGAUAUUAUCCUCACAGGGUUUACUGCAGUGUAAUAGGAGUCUGUUGUAUUGUUGCACAUCUCAUCUCAAUCACACUUUGUUUUCCUCUUGCCACCAGAUAAGAAGCAGAAGAGUAAGGAGGAGAGGCACAAAGUCGAGUAUGAGAUCAUGGAGAGCCGGGCAUUGGAGAAGAGUUCAGAGGUGGGAUUACUCAAUCCUCUUAAAAUCAUCACACUCACAUAUUUGAAUUGUGUUCUUACUAUGGUCCAAACUUAUAAUGAAAUACCUGUGAGGCCAAUGUCUAUAAAAAAAAGAGAAAUGGUUAAGAGGGUGUACACUGCAGUAUGGAAGUCCUUUAUAACAGCUACACACAAGAUAUGACAGGGCUGUUUAUACUGCUUUAUAAUUGUCCCAGACAAUUGCUAUAUGCCAUUUCCUUGUGAUUCUGGCAUUUAACAUGAGUGGAGUCAGUGUAACACAGUGUUAUGGAACUGUAGGGCAGAACAGACAGAACACAUUGUGUAAGAGUGUUACCUCAGUCAUUUUUGACAUUUACAUUUUCGUCAUUUAGCAGACGCUCUUAUCCAGAGAAAUUGGUGCAUUCACCUUAUGAUAGCCAGUGGGACAACCACUUUACUUUUUUAAAACUUUUUUUGGGGGGUGGGGUAAGGGGGUGUAGAAGGAUUACUUUAUCCUAUUCCAGGUAUUGCUUAAAGAGGUGGGGUUUCAAGUGUCUCCGGAAGGUGGUGAGUGACUCCGCUGUCCUGGCGUCGUGAGGGAGCUUGUUCCACCAUUGGGGUGCCAGAGCAGCAAACAGUUUUGACUGGGCUGAGCGGGAACUGUGCUUCCGCAGAGGUAGGGGGGCCAGCAGGCCAGAGGUGGAUGAACGCAAUGCCCUCGUUUGGGUGUAGGGACUGAUCAGAGCCUGAUGGUACGGAGGUGCCGUUCCCCUCACAGCUCCGUAGGCAAGCACCAUGGUCUUGUAGCAUAUGCGAGCUUCAACUGGAAGCCAGUGGAGUGUGCGGAGGAGCGGGGUGACGUGAGAGAACUUGGGAAGGUUGAACACCAGACAGGCUGCGGCGUUCUGGAUGAGUUGUAGGGGUUUAAUGGCACAGGCAGGGAGCCCAGCCAACAGCGAGUUGCAGUAAUCCAGACGGGAGAUGACAAGUGCCUGGAUUAGGACCUGUGCAGCUUCCUGUGUAAGGCAGGGUCGUACUCUGCGAAUGUUGUAGAGCAUGAACCUACAGGAUCGGGUCACCGCCUUGAUGUUAGCGGAGAACGACAGGGUGUUGUCCAGGGUCACGCCAAGGCUCUUUGCACUCUGGGAGGAGGACACAACAGAGUUGUCAACCGUGAUGGCGAGAUCAUGGAACGGGCAGUCCUUCCCCGGGAGGAAGAGCAGCUCCGUCUUGCCGAUGUUCAGCUUGAGGUGGUGAUCCGUCAUCCACACUGAUAUGUCAGCCAGACAUGCAGAGAUGCGAUCGCCACCUGGUCAUCAGAAGGGGGAAAGGAGAAGAUGAAUUGUGUGUCGUCUGCGUAGCAAUGAUAGGAGAGGCCAUGUGAGGAUAUGACCGAGCCAAGUGACUUGGUGUAUAGCGAGAAUAGGAGAGGGCCUAGAACUGAGCCCUGGGGGACACCAGUGGUGAGAGCACGUGGUGCGGAGACAGAUUCUCGCCACGCUACCUGGUAGGAGCGACCUGUCAGGUAGGACGCAAUCCAAGAGUGAGCCGCGCCGGAGAUGCCCAACUCGGAGAGGGUGGAGAGGAGGAUCUGAUGGUUCACAGUAUCAAAGGCAGCAGAUGGGUCUAGAAGGACAAGAGCAGAGGAGAGAGAGUUAGCUUUAGCAGUGCGGAGAGCCUCUGUGACACAGAGAAGAGCAGUCUCAGUUGAAUGGCCAGACUUGAAACCUGACUGGUUUGGAUCAAGAAGGUCAUUCUGAGAGAGAUAGCAAGAGAGUUGGCUAAAGACAGCACGCUCAAGAGUUUUGGAGAGAAAAGAAAGAAGGGAUACUGGUCUGUAGUUGACAUCGGAGGGAUCGAGUGUAGGUUUUUUGAGAAGGGGUGCAACUCUCGCUCUCUUGAAGACGGAAGGGACAUAGCCAGCGGUCAAGGAUGAGUUGAUGAGCGAGGUGAGGUAAGGGAGAAGGUCUCCGGUAAUGGUCUGGAGAAGAGAGGAGGGGAUAGGGUCAAGGGGGCAGGUUGUUGGCGGCCGGCCGUCACAAGUCGCAAGAUUUCAUCUGGAGAGAGAGGGGAGAAAGAAGUCAAAGCAUAGGGUAGGGCAGUGUGAGCAGGACCAGCGGUGUCAUUUGACUUAACAAACGAGGAUCGGAUGUCGUCAACCUUCUUUUCAAAAUGGUUGACGAAGUCAUCCACAGUGAGGGAGGAGGGGGGGGGGGGGAGGAUUCAGCAGGGAGGAGAAGGUGGCAAAGAGCUUCCUAGGGUUAGAGGCAGAGGCUUGGAAUUUAGAGUGGUAGAAAGUGGCUUUAGCAGCAGAAACAGAGGAAGAAAAUGUAGAGAGGAGGGAGUGAAAAGAUGCCAGGUCCGCAGGGAGUCUAGUUUUCCUCCAUUUCCGCUCGGCUGCCUGGAGCCCUGUUCUGUGAGCUCGCAAUGAGUUGUCAAGCCACGGAGCAGGAGGGGAGGACCAAGCUGGCCGGGAGGAUAGGGGACAUAGAGAGUCAAAGAAUGCAGAAAGGGAGGAGAGGAGGGUUGAGGAGGCAGAAUCAGGAGAUUGGAGGGAGAAGGAUUGAGCAGAGGGAAGAGAUGAUAGGAUGAAAGAGGAGAGAGUAGCGGGAGAGAGAGAGCGAAGGUUGCGACGGCACAUUACCAUCUGAGUAGGGGCAGAGUGAGUAGUGUUGGAGGAGAGCGAGAGAGAAAAGGAUACAAAGUAGUGGUCGGAGACUUGGAGGGGAGUUGCAGUGAGAUUAGUAGAAGAACAGCAUCUAGUAAAGAUGAGGUCUAGCGUAUUGCCUGCCUUGUGAGUAGGGGGGGACGGUGAGAGGGUGAGGUCAAAAGAGGAGAGGAGUGGAAAGAAGGAGGCAGAGAGAAAUGAGUCAAAGGUAGACGUAGGGAGGUUAAAGUCACCCAGAACUGUGAGGGGUGAGCCAUCCUCAGGAAAGGAACUUAUCAAGGCGUCAAGUUCAUUGAUGAACUCUCCAAGGGAACCUGGAGGGCGAUAAAUGAUAAGGAUGUUAAGCUUGAAUGGGCUAGUGACUGUGACAGCAUGGAAUUCAAAUGAGGAGAUAGACAAAUGGGUCAGGGGAGAAAGAGAGAAUGUCCACUUGGGAGAGAUGAGGAUUCCUGUGCCACCACCCCGCUGACCAGAUGCUCUCGGGGUAUGCAAGAAUACAUGGUCAGACGAGGAGAGAGCAGUAGGAGUAGCAGUGUUUUCUGUGAGUAGCAGUGUUUUCAGUCACAUCCCACUCUUCAGUCAGACAGAGGGCAAUGAGGCUGCACCUUUCCACCAUGUUUUUCACACCACAGACUAGCAAAACCACCGGAACACUUGACUCAGUCGGAAAGACAUGAAUAAGCUUCAAUAAGAACAAGAGACACUUCAGGCUACAUGCUUCUUUCAACUUAAGUAGACAAGUCUGUGAGCUUUCAGUACACUCAAAUUAGUCAAGUCUAAAUCUAACUUGAGUCCCUCCAGUGAACUGUUAAGUAGAGAUUAGCAUUUGUCUGCUGUUGAAUUUUGUUUUAUUCAACUUGGACUGAAAUCUUUGUAAUUAAUUCCAGCCUCAGGCUUGACCUUAGUUAGAUGUAGCCUAAGCCAUCACUUAGACACCAGCAUCUUACUUACUGUGUACUGUGUCUUUCAGCCAGAGGAGAAAAGCAAGUACGAGCUGAUGGGCAGUUGUGGACAACAACGGUUCCUUCAUGAGACUGAAGGUGAGUGCAUUUUAUGUUCCAGUGUAGAGGUCUGUGUGGGCUGAUUUCUUCAUCUCGCUCCUGCCCGCUCUCGCAGGUUUUUAUACCAGACCCGCCCGCUCCCGCUGGCUUUCUGUCCGACUCCCGCAAGAAAUGGUCCUGAACCCAACCGCAUCCCGCAAAUGUUAUUUUAGGCGUAUGUGAUGCAGCUCGCUUGCCAGCCAUGGUCCCAUAAGUUUUGCACCCUAUAGGCAAUUUCAAAAUACUUAAAAAUAUCCUAAGAAAUAGGUUAAAUUACCAGAGAUUCUCACGUGACCCAUUAUAUUAGGCUAUGAGUAUUACUGGGCUACAUCAGCCAAUAUGCUAGAGGUAGAUUGAAGAGAGCGGAGUUGGAGAGAGAGCCGUCACUUGCACUUUCUCUUAAGCUGUGUUUGACAUAUAUCCUUUUUGGAGUGGGGCGAUUUUCAGACGGAGACAAAUAUGGGUGAUCAAUAUUUAUUUCCAAGCAAUGUAGUAAACUAUAGCCUAAUCAUAUUUAGGAAGUACAUUUCCUUGGAAAGAUAACUGCCCUGUGCCUACUCUAUUUAAUUUACCUGUGUGUCAAUCUAUGUAACAUAAUAAUAAAUUCCCCAACAAAUUCUGUCAGAUUACAUUUUACAUUUUACAUUUUAGUCAUUUAGCAGACGCUCUUAACCAGAGCGACUUACAGGAGCAAUUAGGGUUAAGUGCCUUGCUCAAGGGCACAUUAACGUCAUUUAGCAGACGCUCUUAGCCAGAGCGACUCACAAAUUGGUGCGUUCACCCUAUAGCCAGUGGGAUAACCACUUUACAAUUUGGGGGGGGGGGGGGGGGGGGGGGGGGGGGGUUAGAAGGAAUACUAUAGCCUAUCCCAGGUAUUCCUUAAAGAGGUGGGGUUUCAAAUGUCUCCGGAAGGUGGUGAGUGACUCCGCUGUCCUGGCGUCGUGAGGGAGCUUGUUCCACCAUUGGGGUGCCAGAGCAGCGAACAGUUUUGACUGGGCUGAGCGGGAGCUGUGCUUCCGCAGAGGAAGGGGAGCCAGCAGGCCAGAGGUGGAUGAACGCAAUGUCCUCGUUUGGGUGUAGGGACUGAUCAGAGCCUGAAGGUACAGGGGUGCCGUUCCCCUCACUGCUCCAAAGGCAAGCACCAUGGUCUUGUAGCGGAUGCGAGCUUCAAUUGGAAGCCAGUGGAGUGUGCGGAGGAGGGGGGUGACGUGAGAGAACUUGGGAAGGUUGAACACCAGACGGGCUGCGGCAUUCUGGAUGAGUUGUAGGGGUUUAAUGGCACAGGCAGGGAGCCCAGCCAACAGCGAGUUGCAGUAGUCCAGACGGGAGAUGACAAGUGCCUGGACCAGGACCUGCGCCGCUUCCUGUGUAAGGCAGGGUCGCACUCUCCGAAUGUUGUAGAGCAUGAACCUGCAGGAGCGGGUCACCGCCUUGAUGUUGGCGGAGAACGACAGGGUGUUGUCCAGGGUCACGCCUAGGCUCUUCGCACUCUGGGAGGAGGACACAGCGGAGUUGUCUACCGUGAUGGCGAGAUCAUGGAACGGGCAGUCCUUCCCCGGGAGGAAGAGCAGCUCCGUCUUGCCAGGGUUCAGCUUGAGGUGGUGAUCCGUCAUCCAUACUGAUAUGUCUGCCAGACAUGCAGAGAUGCGAUUCGCCACCUGGUUAUCAGAAGGGGGAAAGGAGAAGAUUAGUUGUGUAUCGUCAGCGUAGCAAUGAUAGGAAAGGCCAUGUGAGGAUAUGACAGAGCCAAGUGACUUGGUGUAUAGGGAGAAAAGGAGAGGGCCCAAAACCGAUCCCUGGGGGACACCAGUGGUGAGAGCACGUGGUGCGGAGACAGCUUCCCGCCACGCCACUUGGUAGGAGCGACCGGUCAGGUAGGACGCAAUCCAGGAGUGAGCCGCGCCGGAGAUGCCCAUUUCGGAGAGGGUGGAGAGGAGGAUCUGAUGGUUCACAGUAUCAAAGGCAGCAGACAGGUCUAGAAGGACAAGAGCAGAGGAGAGAGAGUUAGCUUUAGCAGUGCGGAGAGUCUCUGUGACACAGAGAAGAGCAGUCUCAGUUGAAUGACCAGUCCUGAAACCUGAUUGGUUUGGAUCAAGAAGGUCAUUCUGAGAGAGAUAGCAAGAGAGUUGGCUAAAGACGGCACGCUCAAUAGUUUUGGAAAGAAAAGAAAGAAGGGAUACUGGUCUGUAGUUGUUGACAUCAGUGGGGUCGAGUGUUGGUUUUUUGAGAAGGGGAGUAACUCUCGCUCUCUUGAAGACGGAAGGGACAUGGCCAGCGGUCAAGGAUGAGUUGAUCAGCGAGGUGAGGUAGGGGAGAAGGUCACCGGAGAUGGUCUGGAGAAGGGAGGAGGGGAUGGGGUCAAGCGGGCAGGUUGUUGGGCGGCCUGCAGUCACAAGUCGCAGGAUCUUAUCUGGAGAGAGAGGGGAGAAAGAAGUCAAAGCAUAGGGUAGGGCAGUGUGAGCAGGACCAGCAGUGUCAUUAGACUUAACAAACAAGGAUCGGAUGUCGUCAACCUUCUUUUCAAAGUGGUUGACGAAGUCAUCCACAGAGAGAGAGGAGGGGGGGGGGGGGGGGGGGAGGGAGGAUUCAGGAGGGAGGAAAAUGUGGCAAAGAGCUUCCUAGGGUUAGAGGCAGAUGCUUGGAAUUUAGAGUGGUAGAAGGUGGCCUUAGCAGCAGAAACAGAUGAAGAAAAUGUAGAGAGGAGGGAGUGAAAAGAUGCCAGGUCGGCAGGGAAUUUAGUUUUCUUCCAUUUCCGCUCCGCUGCCCGGAGCUCUGUUCUGUGAGCUCGCAAUGAGUCAUCAAGCCACGGAGCUGGAGGGGAGGACCGAGCCGGCCGGGAGGAUAGGGGACACAGAGAGUCAAAGGAUGCAAAAAGGGAGGAGAGGAGGGUUGAGGAGGCAGAAUCAGGAGAUUGGAGGGAGAAGGAUUGAGCAGAGGGAAGAGAUGAUAGGAUGGAAGAGGAGAGAGUAGUGGGAGAGAGAGAGCGAAGGUUGCGGCCAGGCGCAUUACCAUCUGUGUAGGGGCAGAGUGAGUAGUGUGGGAGGAGAGUGAGAGAGAAAAGGAAACAAAGUAGUGGUCGGAGACUUGGAGGGGAGUUGCAGUGAGAUUAGUAGAGGAGCAGCAUCUAGUGAAGAUGAGGUCAAGCGUAUUGCCUGCCUUGUGAGUAGGGGGGGACGGUGAGAGGGUGAGGUCAAAAGAGGAGAGGAGUGGAAAGAAGGAGGCAGAGAGAAAUGAGUCAAAUGUGGACAUAGGGAGGUUGAAAUCCCCCAAAACUGUGAGGGGUGAGCCAUCCUCAGGGAAGGAACUUAUCAAGGCGUCAAGCUCAUUGAUGAACUCUCCAAGGGAACCUGGAGGGCGAUAGAUGACAAGGAUAUUAAGCUUAAAUGGGCUAGUGACUGUGACAGCAUGGAAUUCAAAUGAGGAGAUAGACAGAUGGGUUAGGGGAAAAAUUGAGAAUGUCCACUUGGGAGAGAUGAGGAUUCCUGUACCACCACCCCUCUGACCAGAUGCUCUCGGGGUAUGCGAGAACACAUGGUCAGACGAGGAGAGAGCAGUAGGAGUAGCGGUGUUUUCAGUGGUGAUCCAUGUUUCCGUCAGCGCCAGGAAGUCGAGGGACUGGAGGUUGGCAUAGGCUGGGAUGAAGUCAGCUUUGUUGGCAGCAGAACGGCAGUUCCAGAGGCUGCCUGCGACCUGGAACUCCACGUGGGUGGUGCGUGCAGGGACCACCAGAUUGGAGAGGCAGCAGCCACGCGGUGUGGUGCGUUUGUGUAGCCUGUGCAGAGAGGAGAGAACAGGGAUAGGCAGAGGCAUAGUUGACAGGCUGUAGCAAAUGGCUACAAAAAUGCAGAGGAGAUCGGAAUGAAAUGGGCUAAGCAUCUGGGAGUGGAGAGAGCAGGGCCUCCCUCACCAAAACUUCUACCUCGGAAACUAAAAUUGUUUCACUGAACCACCCGAAGAAAAAACUCUCCCAACUUCCGCCUUUGGAAAUCAGAAUUGUUGUGAACCACAGCGGUUCAAUGUUUAAAGGAGUAGACUCAACCCACUUUGUUCAGCUAGCCAACUAUGACUCCAUAGCCAACUAGCAGACUAGCAUCCAAUAACAAUAACACACCGUUUAGCGCCAACACUUGGUCACAACAAACCACCAAUAUUGUGAUAACACACUAAACAGAUCAUUCGUGUCUGUGUCAAGUUCCUUACAUGACGCAGCAAUGAUUAGACGUUGGCUAGCUAGGACAAGUAAAUUGUGGUUAGCUACUUCAGUACAGCCAAAUGGUCAUGUUGGGUAGCUAGCAAUGGCCACUGUGUCGACUCUGUUUGAAGAACGGCUAGCUAGCUAGCUUCGUGCUACAGCUGGCACGGCCGAGGACACUGCCAAGACACAGUAACUACCCACAACAACCCACGAAGCCUAGCUAUGACGCCGUAGCCAACCUGCAAGCUAGCAUCCAUUAACACACAACCUAGCAUCAACACCUGGCCACAACAAACUGCCAAGAGUGUGUCAGCACACCAAACAGACAAUUCAAGUCCGUGUCGAGUUCCCUUCACAACGCAGCAAAAAAAAAAAUAAAAAAAAAAUAAUAAUAAUAAUAAUAAUUAAACGUUGGAACCAGCUCUCCAGCGUUGCUAAUCGUUACCAAUAGCUACCCGCUAGCUAGCUAGCUUCGUGCCUCAAUUCUAACCCACAAUUACCCACGGAAAGCUACAAUAACAACAAUACUAACCUACAAUAAAUACAAUACCUAACUACAGCUAACUACCUACCUACGAUCUAGUACAUGGUUAAGCAAAAGUUAAACGUUGGGUAGGACUACAUUACCGUUGGAGCCAGCUCUCCAGCGUUGCUAAUCGUUACCAAUAGCUACCCGCUAGCUAGCUAGCCUCGUGCCUCGAUACUAAUCCACAAUUACCUAUGGAAAGCUACUACAACCACAAUACUAACCUACAAUAAAUUCAAUACCUAACUACAGCUAGCUACCUACCUACGAUCUAAUACAUGGUUAAGCAAAAGUUAAACGUUGGGUAGGAGUACAUUACCGUUGGAACCAGCUCUCCAGCGUUGCUAAUCGUUACCAAUAGCUACCCGCUAGCUAGCUAGCCUCAUGCCUCGAUACUAACCCACAAAUUACCCACGGAAAGCUACAAUAACAACAAUACUAACCUACAAUAAAUACAAUACCUAACUACAGCUAACUACCUACCUACGAUCUAAUACAUGGUUAAGCUUUACUCAACACUACAUGUAGCUUACCCCUACUUACCUCCAGCCAGAGAAAAACACGUCCUCUCCCGUCAGCACUCAUGGGCUGCGUCUCAAUCCACCACAUCCGUCUAUGGCCUUCCGCAUCUGCGGUGGGAGGUGGCCGAGCUACAGCUGUGUUUGUCAGACCAUGAGACAUCCUGAAAAUCGGUCUUCUCACGAUAACGUCUGUAGCGUCCAAACGGUUUGGCCUAGACUCUAUGGAAAGGGGAGACGAACAAUGGUUUUCUCUGUUUUGCUACUCUACGACCCCCAGGACUCAUCUGAAGUCAGUAACACUGAUGUGCCAACUUCUGUCUGUCGUUUCUGAACCGUUUGAGCUACAAACUAAUAUGACCUCACUAUGGGGAGACUCUCAUGAACACGAUGGUGUGCUCCGUUUUGCUCUACGAACCCCACAAGUGUCACGGGACUCGUUUGAAGGUAACCCAUACAAACGAAUGGAAGUAUGGAGGUAAUUUUGUGCCAACAAAAAUAACGGGUAAACACAGUAUGUGUCCAAAAAACUAAAAUAUUUCCUGAGCUUUCUUAUAUCUCCUAAACAAAUUGGACAGACACUUCCAAACCUUUUUCCUUGACUGUCUUUUUUUGGCAUUUAUGAAUGUAUUAAUAAUAAUAUGCCAUUUAGCAGACGCUUUUAUCCAAAGCAACUUACAGUCAUGCGUGCAUACAUUUUUGUGUAUGGGUGGUCCCGGGGAUCGAACCCACUACCUUGGCGUUACAAGCGCCGUGCUCUACCAGCUGAGCUACAGAGGACCACAGUAGUAGUAGUAAAGGCCAAACUAAAAAUAUAUACACCACCGGUCAAAAGUUUUAGAACACCUACUCAUUCAAGGGUAUUUCUUUAUUUUUACUAUUUUCUACAUUGUAGAAUAAUAGUGAAUAUAUCAAAACUAUGAAAUAACACAUAUGGAAUCAUGUAGUAACCAAAAAAGUGUUAAACAAAUCAAAAUAUAUUUGAGAUUUGAGAUUCUUCAAAUAGCCACCCUUUGCCUUGAUGACAGCUUUGCACACUCUUGUCAUUCUCUCAACCAGCUUCACCUGGAAUGCUUUUCCAACAGUCUUGAAGGAGUUUCCACAUAUGCUAACCACUUGUUGGCUGCUUUUCCUUCACUCUGCGGUCCGACUCAUCCCAAACCAUCUCAAUUUGGUUGAGGUCGGGGGAUUGUGGAGGCCAGGUCAUCUGAUGCAGCACUCCAUCACUCUCCUUCUUGGUAAAAUAGCCCUUACACAGCCUGGAGGUGUGUUGGGUCAUUGUCCUGUUGAAGCACCCCCACACCAUAACACCUCCUCCUCCAUGCUUUACGGUGGGAAAUACACAUGCGGUGAUCAUCCGUUCACCCACACCGCGUCUCACAAAGACACGGCGGUUGGAACCAAAGAUCUCAAAUUUGGACUCCAGACCAAAGGACACAUUUCCACCGGUCUAAUGUCCAUUGCUCGUGUUUCUUGGCCCAAGCAAGUCUCUUCUUCUUAUUGGUGUCCUUUAGUAGUGGUUUCUUUGCAGCAAUUUGACCAUGAAGGCCUGAUUCACACAGUCUCCUCUGAACAGUUGAUGUUGAGAUGUAUCUGUUACUUGAACUCUGUGAAGCAUUUAUUUGGGCUGCAAUUUCUGAGGCUGGUAACUCUAAUGAACUUAUACUCUGCAGCAGAGGUGACUCUGGGGUCUUCCAUUCCAGUGGCGGUCCUCAUGAGAGCCAGUUUCAUCAUAGCGCUUGAUGGUUUUUGCGACUGCACUUGAAGAAACUUUCAAAGUUCUUGACAUUUUCCGUAUUGACUGACAUGCAUGUCUUAAAGUAAUGAUGGACUGUCGUUUCUCUUUGCUUAUUUGAGCUGUUCUUGCCAUAAUAUGGACUUGGUAUUUUACCAAAUAGGGCUAUCUUCUGUAUAACCCCCCUACCUUGUCACAAUACAGCUGAUUGGCUCAAACGCAUUAAGAAGGAAAGAAAUUCCACAAAUUAACUUUUAACAAGGCACACCUGUUAAUUGAAAUGUAUUCCAGGUGACUACAUCAUGAAGCUGGUUGAGAGAAUGCCUAGAAUGUGCAAAGCUGUCAUCAAGGCAAAGGGUGGCUAUUUGAAGAAUCUCAAAUCUCAAAUAUAUUUUAUAAUAAUAAUAUAAUAUGCCAUUUAGCAGACGCUUUUAUCCAAUGCGACUUACAGUCGUGCGUGCAUACAUUUUUUUUUGUGUAUGGGUGGUUCCGGGGAUCGAACCCACUACCUUGGCGUUACAAGCGCCGUGCUCUACCAGCUGAGCUACAGAGGACCACUAUUUUGAUUUGUUUAACACUAUUUUGGUUACUACAUGAUUCCAUAUGUGUUAUUUCAUAGUUUUGAUGUCUUCACUAUUAUUCUACAAUGUAGAAAAUAGUAAAAAUAAAGAAAUACCCUUGAAUGAGUAGGUGUUCUAAAACUUUUGACCGGUGGUGUAUAUAAAAAAAAAAGAUACCUAAAGGGGUCCUACAUUUCCAAAUCAAAUAGCUAAAUAAUCCAUGGUAUGACCAUUUAAAAACAAUUCCAUGUUAGCGUAGCGUAGUACCCCCCCCCCCCCCCCCCCCCCCCCCCCCCCCCCCCCACACACACUUUUAGAGGUUAAUUGAGACCACAACUAGGAGAGGAGAGGUAGGCUACUAAACUUUAUGCAGCAAGAAUGAUGAGAGCAGACACUUGCACUAUGUAUUGCAUAUAGGAUAUAGCCUACAUUUUAGGAGGGGAAGAUUUGCAGGCAGAGACAAAUAAAUAGGUUAUCAAUAUUUAUUGAAUAGGAAAAGGCUAUGUUAUGCGCGCGUUGCACAUUUUCCUUUUCAGUGAUAAUAAAAUGUUUUGAUUGCAGCUCAAAUCACGUUGGUUGAGCGCCCUCCACUUCUUUCUAUAACCGAUAUGUAUUUACAGACACUGUGGUAAAUUUUAGAGUAAUUAUAUUUAUGUUAAUUUCUUUGGAAAGAUAGCCCAACUUCCACGUGAUUCUCCGCCCAUGCAUAGGCAGCCUUGGCCUACUCUAUUUCAUUGAGACCCAGAGCCGCUGGAAAAUGUGUGGCGAGACAGCAUUUUCCCCUGUACUUUUCAAUCUUGUAUGGCGCCGCCACACCACUCUCAAAGCAGCAGCACCAACCGGGCCAGUAUACUUCUCAGCACAGUUUUGCAUUCCAAUUCAACAUUUACCUGCUCUGUCGCAGUCUACCAUUGAAAACCAUUGAAGACUACACGCAGAAAAAUAUACUAUUCGUAUUUAAGCAAUAUGAUUGGCCGUUCAUUCAAGCACCACUACGCUCCCGCGAGUCACAUCUUCUCAAGCACUCGAGCAGUACAGAAAUUGAUAGCUACGUUUACACAGCACACGUGAGCUGUCCUGAGCAAAAACAUGCCCAUCAAUCUACUCGCUGAUCUUAUUUAUUUUAGGGAAAGUGAUUUUUCAAAAGUAAAGCUUCAAUUGUGAACAUACUAUCAGUAUGCUGGCUACUGUUGAUACAAAAAUACACCUUAGCGUUUGUCUUGGCUAGCCUACUGUAGCCAGGUCGAUAUCUACUGUAUUUUGGAACGCAAUUGUCCUUAAGGGGCAGCGUCCUAUUUUGAGAUGUACAUUUUUUUAUCUCAAAAUGAAUACAAUUCUAAAGAAUAGAGUAAUGAAUUACAUUGCUAAAUUAUAUUAAACAGAUGUUUAAUACGUAUCAUAAUAACCAAAUAUAGCCUAUUAAUCGCUGCAUAUAGAGAGAAAGCAUGCCAACCUAUAGGCCCUGCAUGAACCCAAUGCAUUUAAAAACUACACAUGUCCGGGCCAGUAGAAAUGAUGUUCGGGCCAGUAGAAUUUUGGCCAACUGCUAGCAGAUACCCAUACACUUCCAGUAAUUGCGCUAACGCUAGUUAGCAUUGGCUACCAAAACUACCUCUUAACUUCAUACUGCACACAGAGAAGUAGAUAAAGGGUAGAUAAAUUGUCUUAUUGCCAAAAUCCCGAAGUAUCCCUUUAACGUUGGACCCUGUCAUAGCCUACAAAAGGGACCCAUUUGAGAUUUUACCUGACCAGGUCAUGAGAUCUGGAAAAACUCCAGGCCCCAGAAAAGACACAUUGGAAUUUUGCCACACCACUUUUGAACCUGUGGUGCCACCUCUGUUGAGACCACACUUGAUCUUGCACUCCCAACUAGUAGAAGAGAGGCUACUGAACUUGAAGCAGGGAUUGCUGAGAGUGUGUGCGUAUAAUGCGACAAAGGUGCUUUCAAUACAACCGGUAGGCCUAGGCUAACUCAUAGAAAGCAGAAAGACGUCAGUUUCCAAAUAAUCUACGGAACAAAUACAUAUUUUCAUCUCAAAUUGUCCGCCUGACCGCCUGCUCCUGCUCCUGCCCGCAGCAUGAAAGAUGAAGACCGUGCCGUAAUGAUCUCUGUCAGGCCCCACAGGUAUCCCGUGGGAAUGCAGCCCUCUAUUCCAGUGUUCUGUCUCACCAUAGCCGGAAAUGAGCAUGGAGGGAGAAAAAUAAUCCAGCCUGUCAUUGAUGUUAUAGUUAUUUGUGGUCUUUGUUUUGUUUGAAUGCUGAGCCAAUCAAAACAUCUUCAAAGAUUGCCCUUAACUUGCCUAGACCAUCAACUUCUCAGUUCUCAGUUGUCAGUCUCAGCUGAACUUCACCUUGCCCUUUCUGGCACAACUUCCUGUGCUCUCUCUCCAUUAAAGUGGAUCAUUUUGAUGAGUCAUUUAUCUUGAAUCAACAUAUCCUCUAUCACCUGUUACUCUGUGUGCAUGACCGUGUGGAAUGGCAGACAGACAGACAGCCCCCUGGUGGAUUAAUACAGACACCAGAUGUAGGGGUCAGAGAGGGCAAUGGUGAAGUCUCAGAAGUGAUGACGAAUGGAACGUAAUUCUUUUUUUAAUGCAGUUUUCUCUCUACGUGUCUUCUGACCUUGAACUUAAGCAUGAGAAUAGCAUGCUAUUCACCCGCUAUUUGUUUGGGUUGGAGAUCAAAGAAAUUAAGGUGUGGCAGAGGUGUGUCUACAGAUACGCUGUAUUCUGACUUAAUUCCCUCAUAAUUACACUAAUUUUAUGCACUUCAGGGUCCUGUUGGUUCCAGACUUCCAGGCAUCGGUACCGCUUGCCGUGCGGAAGCAAAGAGAACAGUCUAUGACUUGGGUGGCUGGAGUCUACAAACAUUUUCUCAGCACCCCCACCCCUAAACCUCUUCCCGCAGCCAUGUUCCUCUGACACCGCCUAGUAUAGAGGUCCUGGAUGGCAGGGAGCGAGCUUGGCCCCAGUUAUCUACUGGGUGGUACGCACUACCCUCUGUAGCGUCUUGCGGUCGGAUGCCAAGCUGUUGCCAUACCAAGUGGUGAUGCAGCCAGUCAAGAUGCUCUCAAUGGUGCAGCUGUAGAUAAUGUUGCUGCUACCGUCUCUUAUGACCGUAAAGAGCUUCUGGAUAUCAGAACAGCGAUUAUUCACAUCAAACUGGACGAAGAUUAUUUAUUUAAUAAGUCUGACGCAAAGGAUAUACUGCUUCUCCGAGACCAGGCCCAAAUCCCCGCCAUUCACGUGAAGAAAAGACGGAAAUACAGGGGGCGGAGAUCGGGGUGCCUUGUGAGAAUUUGUCGGCGAGUGGGUAACCCGCCUCUACAAUUCGUUCUAUUGGCCAACGUGCAAUCACUGGAGAAUAAACUGGAUGAUCUCCGUUCAAGUCUAUCCUACCAACGGGACAUUAAAAACUGUAAUAUCUUAUGUUUCACCGAGUCGUGGCUGAACGACGACACGGAUAAUAUACAGUUGGCUGGGUUUUCCGUGAAUUGGCAGGACAUAACAGCUACGUCUGGCAAGACGAGGGGUGGGGGUGUGUGUCUAUUUGUCAAUAACAGCUGGUGCGCAAUGUCUAAUAUUAAGGAAGUAUCGAGGUAUUGCUUGCCUGGGGUAGAGUACCUCAUGAUAAGCUGUAGACGACACUAUCUACCAAGAGAGUUUUCAUCUAUAUUUUUCGUAGCUGUCUAUUUACCACCACAAACCGAUGCUGGCACUAAGACAACACUCAACGAGCUGUAUAAGGCCAUAAGCAAACAAGAAAAUGCUCAUCCAGAAGCGGCGCUCCUAGUGUCCGGGGACUUUAAUGCAGGCAAACUUAAAUCCGUUUUACCUAAUUCCUACCAGCAUGUCACAUGUGCAACUACAGCUCAGCGUUCAACACCAUAGUGCCCACAAAGCUCAUCACUAAGCUAAGGACCCUGGGACUAAACACCUCCCUCUGCAACUGGAUCCUGGACUUCCUGACGGGGCGCCCCAGGUGGUAAGGGUAGGCAUCAACACAUCUGCCACACUGAUCCUCAACACGGGGGCCCCUCAGGGAUGCGUGCUUAGUCUCCUCCUGUACUCCCUGUUCACCCAUGACUGCAUGGCCAAGCAUGACUCCAACACCAUCAUUAAGUUUGCUGACGACACAACAGUGGUAGGCCUGAUCAACGACAAUGAUGAGACAGCCUAUAGGGAGGAGGCCAGAGACCUGGCAGUGAUGUGCCAGGACAACAACCUCUCCCUCAACGUGAGCAAGACAAAGGAGCUCAUCGUGGACUACAGGAAAAGGAGGGCCGAACACGCCCCCAUUCACAUCGAUGGGGCUGUAGUGGAGCAGGUCGAGAGUUUCAAGUUCCUUGGUGUCCACAUCACCAACAAACUGUUGUGGUCCAAACACACCAAGACAGUCAAGAAGAGGGCACGACAACACCUUUUCCCCCUCAGGAGACUGAAAAGAUUUGGCAUGGGUCCCCAGAUCCUCAAAAAGUUAUACAGCUGCACCAUCGAGAGCAUCCUGACCGGUUGCAUCACUGCCUGGUAUGGCAACUGCUCGGCAUCCGACCGUAAGGCGCUACAGAGGGUAGUGCAUACGGCCCAGUACAUCAUUGGGGCCAAGCUUCUUGCCAUCCAGGACCUAUAUACUCGGCGGUGUCUGAGGAAGGAUAAAAAAAAUUUAAAACACUCCAGUCACCCAAGUCAUAGACUGUUCUCUCUGCUACCGCACGGCAAGCGGUACCGGAGCGCCAAGUCUAGGUCCAAAAGGCUCCUUAACAGCUUCUAUCCCCAAGCCAUAAGACUGCUGAACAAUUAAUAAAAUGGCCACCCGGACUAUUUACAUUGAUCCCCCCCCCCUGAGUACGCGUCCUGGUAAUCCGUCUGGCCAUGCGGCCUUGUGAAUGUUAACUUGUUUAAUGGUCUUACUCACAUGGGCUACGGAAAGCGUGAUCACACAGUCCGGAACAGCUGGUGCUCUCAUGCAUAGUUCAAUGUUGCUAGCCUCGAAGUGUGCAUGGAAAGUAUUUAGCUCGUCUGGUAGGCUCGCGUCACUGGACAGCUCGCAUCUGGUUUCCCUUUGUAAUCCUUGAUAGUAUCUCAUUUUCCACAGUGAAGUUUAUGAAAUGCUGACCUUAUAACUUUCAAUAAUUAAAUUUGGAGACCCAAACAAUAGGUUUCUGUAGCCAUGCUUAAAUUACAGUAGAGCGCCAAACCUACCGAGUUGAUUUAUGAUUUCUAGAAUGUUUUAAUUAAAUGCCCUGACUUUUCACUGUAUUUUUUUACAAAAUGUGUAUUGUGUUAAAUAUUAGACACUAUCAGUAGCCAGUGUUAGUUAUACACCCACAUACAUUUACAACUGUCACUUUAGUGUUACUUUACAUACAUUGUGCAUCAUUGCAUUACAUAGUUCGUUUACCUUUCUUUCCUCUGUCACGUUCGUGUGGUUGUUCCUGUGGAUCGCUAGCAAUAGUGGAUCAUAUUAGGCUAACGUAUUACAAUUUGGGCAAUCAUUUAGGACAUGGAGCCUAUUUGAAUCAUUAUGGAAUGCAAACGAUAUGUAGCCGUUUAAACCUGGAGCCUGGCACACGGUUCACGACGACUGGACCGUUGUCAUCACAGUUCCAUGAUUAGUAAGGAUUAUUAGGGUCGAUUUAUAGAACUACUGUUCAGCCCCUAUUGUACACUUUUCUCACCUUCCAAUAUUUCAUCGAUUAAACAAUUACAUUUGGUGUCACGAUCGUCAAGCAUAGAGGAGGACCAAGGCGCAGCGUGUGCAAAAUACAUCUCUUUAUUUAGGAAGAGAGAAAAACACGAAACCGAACACUAUCCAAAACUUACAAAACAACAAACGACCGUGAAGCUAAAUAACGUAAGUGCACAGACAAGCAACAACCGUACAACAUAGACAAUUACCCACAAACACAUGAUGCCCAUGGCUGCCUUAAAUAUGGCUCCCAAUUAGAGACAAUAAACCACAGCUGUCUCCAAUUGAGAACCAAUCCAGGCAGCCAUCAACAUACAAACACCUAGACAAGACAAAACACAUACUUCACCAUGUCACACCCUGACCUAACUAAACUAUUAAUGAAAACAAAGAUAACUAAGGCCAGGGUGUGACAUAACCCCCCCCUUAAGGUGCGAACUCCGGGCGCACCAGCAUAAAGUCUAGGGGAGGGUCUGGGUGGGCGUCUGUCCACGGUGGCGGCUCUGGCACUGGUCGUGGUCCCCACCCCACCAUAGUCACUACCCGCUUUCGUAGCCUCCUCCAAAUGACCACCCUCCAACUUAACCCCACUGGAUUAAGGGGCAGCACCGGACUAAGAGGCAGCACCGGACUAAGGGGCAGCACCGGACUAAGGGGCAGCACCAGGAUAAGGGGCAGCACCAGGAUAAGGAGCAGCACCAGGAUAAGGGGCAGCACCAGGAUAAGGGGCAGCACCGGGCUAAGGGGCAGCACCGGACUAAGGGGCAGCACCGGACUGAAUGGCGGAUCCUGGCUGGCUGGCUCUAGCGGAUCCUGGCUGGCUGGCGGAUCCUGGCUGGACGGCUCUGGCGGAUCCCGGCUGGACGGCUCUGGCGGAUCCUGGCUGGACGGCUCUGGCGGAUCCUGGCUGGACGGCUCUGGCGGAUCCUGGCUGGACGGCUCAUGGCUGGCUGACGGAUCUGGCUGCUCAUGGCUGGCUGACGGAUCUGGCUGCUCAUGGCUGGCUGACGGAUCUGGCUGCUCAUGGCUGGCUGACGGAUCUGGCUGCUCAUGGCUGGCUGAAGGAUCUGGCUGCUCAUGGCUGGCUGGCUGCUCAUGGCUGGCUGACGGAUCUGGCUGCUCAUGGCUGGCGGAAGGCUCUGGCUGAUCCUGUCUGGCGGAAGGCUCUGGCUGAUCCUGUCUGGCGGAAGGCUCUGGCUGAUCCUGUCUGGCGGAAGGCUCUAGCGGCUCCUGUCUGGCGGAAGGCUUCAGCGGCUCCGGUCUGGCGGACGGCUCUGAAGGCUCAUGGCAGACGGGCGGCUUAGCAGGCUCAGUACAGACGGGCAGUUCAUGCAGCGCUUGGCAGACGGACAGUUCAGACGGCGUUGGGCAGACGGGCAGUUCAGGCGCCGUUAGGCAGACGGCAGACUCUGGCCGGCCGAGACGCCCUAUAGGCCUGGUGCGUGGUGCCGGAACUGGAGGUACCGGGCUGAGGACACGCAUCUCAGGUCUAGUGCGGGGAGCAGCAACAGGACGCACAGGACUCUGGGGACACACAGGAGGCUUGGUGCGUGGUGUAGGCACUGGUGGUACUGGGCUGGAGCGGGGAGGUGGCGCCGGAAAUACCGGACCGUGCAGGCUUACUGGCUCCCUUGAGCACUGAGCCUGCCCAACCUUACCUGGUUGUAUGCUCCCCGUCGCCCGACCAGUACGGGAAGGUGGAAUAACCCGCACCGGGCUAUGUAGGCGAACCGGGGACACCAUGCGUAAGGCUGGUGCCAUGUAAGCCGGCCCGAGGAGACGCACUGGUGGCCAGAUGCGUUGGGCCGGCUUCAUGACAUCCGGCUCAACGCUCAAUCUAGCCCGGCCGAUACGUGGAGCUGGAAUGUACCGAACCGGGCUAUGCACGCGUACAGGAGACACCAUGCGCUCUACUGCGUAACACGAUGUCUGCCCGUACUCUCGCUCUCCACGGUAAGUACAGGGAGUAGGCGCAGGUCUCCUACCUGACUUCGCCACACUCCCUUUAAGGCCCCCCCCAAGAAAUUUUUGGCUAGUGCUCACGGGCUUCCAGCCUUGCCUCCGUGCUGCCUCCUCAUAUCGCCUCCUCUCGGCUUUAGCUGCCUCCAGCUCUUCACGAGGGAGGCGAACUUCUCCCGGUUGUGCCCAAGGACCCUUUCCAUCCAGUAUCUCCUCCCAUGUCCAUGAAUCCUGUGUAGGUGGGUCCUGUUGCCGCUUGACACGCCGCUUGGUCCUAGAUUGGUGGGUAAUUCUGUCACGAUCGUCAAGCAUAGAGGAGGACCAAGGCGCAGCGUGUGCAAAAUUCAUCUCUUUAUUUAGGAAGAGAGAAAAACACGAAACCGAACACUAUCCAAAACUUACAAAACAACAAACGACCGUGAAGCUAAAUAACGUAAGUGCACAGACAAGCAACAACCGUACAACAUAGACAAUUACCCACAAACACAUGAUGCCCAUGGCUGCCUUAAAUAUGGCUCCCAAUUAGAGACAAUAAACCACAGCUGUCUCCAAUUGAGAACCAAUCCAGGCAGCCAUCAACAUACAAACACCUAGACAAGACAAAACACAUACUUCACCAUGUCACACCCUGACCUAACUAAACUAUUAAUGAAAACAAAGAUAACUAAGGCCAGGGUGUGACAUUUGGCAACUUUCAGAAUGACUCAAACCCCUGUAUUUUUUAUUCACCAAUAUAUUUCGUGCAUGAGUCUGUCGAGAAAAUUCAAAUAAAGUUCAAAUGAAAAGUUACACCAAAUUUAAAGGGAUGGCUUUAGAAAAUGUACAGAAACCCUAUUGAAUGAAAACCACAAGAAAAUCUGUUGGCCAGCAAGUGGGAGGGUUUUCAGCGGUUGAAUUAAAUGUAUUCAGCACAUGCAAGGGAACUACGCUUGCAAAGCUCGUUAUACACCUGCAUAAGGUAAGUCUUAAUACCAACUACUGAGAAGUGAGUAGGAAAGGUAUGCGUAGGAAAGGAGUACAUUUCCUAUAUCUGAAUCGGGCCCCUAGAGUGCCUUACGUAACAUCUGUAAAUAGCAUUACAGAAUGGACAAUAAUAGGUGAAUGCACAGUAGUGCGUGUGUCAGGCUAGCUUUGUGCAUUGAAGUAUUGUGAGUCAGAACUUGUUUUGUCCUGUUGUUAACAGACUGUACACUUCAAAGCCUCUGUCUGCUUCAAUGUCUAUGAGUGGCUCACCUCACCUGUGCGUUUGAAAAUUGCUGAGAGCUUCACUCUGCCUUUGUAUUUAUGUAACUCAGUAACUCAUGUUGCAUAAUGAGCACACAUUCUUGUGCUACAGCUGUGAGAAGAACACGCACACAUGCGCACACAGGGGAGCGCCAGUCACUUUACAGACCAGUUCUGGAACUCUCCUUACCGCUGUCACACAUUGGCACCACAUCCAUCACUCACUCCACCGCCCAUUUGCCUCCCGCACCUGGCUUUAGAUGCCAUGUCACCUUCCCACCCUCCUCCUGUUGGAGCCAUAAUAUUAUUUAUUAGUGCAGGAACUCCAUUUAGAACUCAGAACACUCUCUUAGGUCAUGAGCACUGGGGACAGUGUUGUUUACCUUACGAAAGCAUUAGCUCCCUAGCGACUGUACUUUUUUAUGUCCAACAACCUGUGCCGUACAAUUCCUUGAGCUUCUCAAAACUGGCCACCUUUAGCUCCUAAUUAAAAACAACCUUGCUUCUCAAAAGUCAUAGAACAUCUGUGACAACAUAAUCUUUCACAUGGGCUCAAUAAAACAAAUCCUCACUGUCAGAGUCCCCAAACAAAAAGCUAGCAUAGCAGCACAGAGCCCCUGCUUACUGCAUUGGCACCGACCAUUGGCACUUUGUUCUAAAAGCUGGAGCAGCCGACCGUGCUGAGCUCCCGUCGCUAAGCUUAGCCAGGGGUUACCUCCGUGACAUCCAUUUCCAAAGAGAAUCCACAGAGCGGUGCUGCUUCACAAAGAGCCAUCUGCCGAAAUGGCCGCCCCCUGCUGGGCUCACUCUGUGUGAACGCUGGCUAAAGGGCCCCUGCUCUAAGCUGUGGGCAGGCCCACUGUUGUAAUGGGCAACCAUUAUGGCCUGCUGUGAUUGCGAGGGACGGUUAAUGUCUGAUCAAUUAGGCAUCAGACCUCACAGAUGAUGCCAAAGCACAGACCCGCAGAGACUCUGGCAGUCUCUAAUGGCUUCUCAAUGACUGUGGAGAAAUAUUGCCCUGUCACUGUUGGUGCACAGCUGAUUAUGGGGGUCCAUGUCGCCAUUUUGAAGAAUUAAAAUGGAAUGAAGGAAUGGAAUCACUGUAGAAGUAGCUUUGUCCAAGCCAGAAUAGGGCAGGAGCCUAUUUACUGUUUCUGUAGCAUGAGGCAGCUUGAUGUACAGGGACAGCCCCUGGACAGGACGCUAGUCCACUAACAGAGUUUUAUUUACUGUAUUAGUAUUCAUGACAGUCCCUCCAGGAUUCUGCGAGCGCAAAUUGUUUGCAAAAUCAUAAAUUCCUCACAUAUUAUGUGAGGGCUUGCAAAUUUGACCGAUCUCUGCACUAUUUCCUGCAUAAAACAGUCAAAUCAUUGUAAUAUUAUUGCAUAAAAAUGACCCCUCACCGCAGUACAAGAAGAGGGCUCGCAAUUUCAACCAAUCACCGCACAUUUACAGUGGGGAAAAAAAGUAUUUAGUCAGCCACCAAUUGUGCAAGUUCUCCCACUUAAAAAGAUGAGAGAGGCCUGUAAUUUUCAUCAUAGGUACACGUCAACUAUGACAGACAAAUUGAGAAAAAAAAUGUUUUUGCUAAUAAAUUCAUAAAACAUCCUACAAUGUGAUUUUCUGGAUUUUUUUCCCUCAUUUUGUCUGUCAUAGUUGACGUGUAGCUAUGAUGAAAAUUACAGGCCUCUCUCAUCUUUUUAAGUGGGAGAACUUGCACAAUUGGUGGCUGACUAAAUACUUUUUUCCCCACUGUACCUCAUAAUGGUAAAAUCAAGCAAGCCACACGUCAACAAACGUUUUCUCUUGUCAACGUAUUUUCGUGACAAUUUGGAUUAAAAUCAUUGCAUAUUGCCAUGCAAAAUGUCAGAAUUGCCGCAGCAAAAUCAAGCAUUUUUGCCCGCAGAUAUAUAUUUAAAAAAUCUGCUAAAUCCUGGAGGGACUGGUAUGAGGAAUACUGUAGUUUGACUCUCUUGAGAGAAGCUAAACGAAACAGAGGCUUGUGUCAAACACUGUAGGUGUACUAGUAGGGAGAAGGUUUUAUCCUAGUUGUAUCUGUGAAACAUUUGUAUUUGGUGCUUUUAGAUCCUGAAGGAAACUAGCUGACUUUACUGCAGGAGAAAGUGAUGUAAAUCCUUCCAUGGUCUGUUUAGAGAUGUCUGUGUAGAGAUGUAUCUGUUUUGAUAUCCCACUGUUUUCACAGUCAGACGCACAACAUAACUGUUUUGUAUAGAAAGGGCCUUUAAAGCAGUGUUUGUUCUUCCACAAAAUGGCCCCUGGCUAUAGGGAGUAGCUAGAUACACUGACCUAGAAAGAUGAAUUUGAUGUGUGGAUUUAAUCAUGUUUACUAAAGAAGAGCUGCUUCCAGUGUUUUACAUCUUGUCAUUGGUGGUAGUAGAUAUGCAGGCUACAAUAUCAGAUGUAGUAACGUUAACAGCAAUGAUUUACAGUGCCUUCAGAAAGUAUUCACAACCCUUUACUUUUCCCACAUUUUGUUGUGUUACAGCCUGAAUUUAAAUGUAUUACAUUUAGCCUUGUGUCGCUGAUCUACACACAAUACUCCAUAAUCUACACACAAUACUCCAUAAUAUGAAAGUGGAUUUUUGGUAGUAGAUUUUUUUUUCAAUUACUAAAUAAGUUAAGGAAAGAAAAUGGGCUUAACAAAUCGCAUAAUAAGUUGCAUGGACUCAUUCCGUGUUCAAUAAUAGUGUUUAACAUGAUUUCUGAAUGACUAUCCCAUCUCUGUACCCCACACAUACAAUUGUCUGUAAGUUCCCUCAAUUGAGUGUUGAAUUUCAAGCACAGAUUCAACCACAAAGACCAGGGAGGGUUUUCAAAGCCUUGCAAGGAAGGGCACCGAUUGGUAGAUGUGUAAAAAAAAAAAGCAGAUGCUGAAUAUCCCUUUGAGCAUGGUGAAGUUAUUCAUUACACUUUGGAUGGUGUAUCAAUACACCCAGUCACUACAAAGAUACAGGCGUCCUUCCUAACUCAGUUGCCGGAGAGGAAGGAAACUGCUCAGGGAUUUCACCAUGAGGCCAAUGGUGAUUUUAAAACAUUUAGAGUUUAAUGGUUGUGAUAUGAGAAAACUAAGGAUGGAUCAACAACAUUGUAGUUGCUCCACAAUACUGAACUAAAUGACAGAGUGAAAAGAAGGAAGUCUGUACAGAAUACAAAUAUUCCAAAACAAGCAUCCUGUUUGCAACAAGGCACUUAAGUAAUACUGCAAAAAAUGUGGCAAAUAAAUACUUUUUGUCCUGAAUACAAAGCGUUAUCUUUGGGGAAAAUCCAACAAAAUACAUCACUGAGUACCACUCUUAAUAUUUUCAAGCAUGGUGGUGGCUGCAUCAUGUUAUGGGUAUGCUUGUCAUCGGCAAGGACUAUAGAGUUUUUGGGGGGAUAAAAAGAAAAGGAAUACAGCUAUCAGCACAGGCAAAAUCCUAGAGGGAAACCUGGUUCAGUCUGCUUUCCAACAGACACUGGGAGACGAAUUCACCUUUCAGCAGGAUAAUAACCUAGAACACAAGGCCAAAUCUACACUGUAGUUGCUUACCAAGACGACAUUGAAUGUUCCAGAGUGGCCUAGUUAAAGUUUUGACUUAAAUCGGCUUGAAAAUCUAUGGCAAGACUUGAAAAUGGCUGUAUAGCAAUGAUCAACAAUCAACUUGACAGAGCUUGAAGAAUAAAUAAAUAUUGUACAAUCCAGGUGUGCAAAGCUCUUAGAGACUUCUACAAAGUAUUGACUCAGGGGUGUGAAUACUUUAUUAGAUAUUUCUGUAUUUCAUUUUCAAUAAAUGUGCUAAAGUUUCUAAAAACAUGUUUUUACUUUGUCAUUAUGGGAUAGUGUGUGUAGAUGGAUGAGAAAAAAUAUAUUUAAUCCAUUUUGAAUUCAGGCUGUAACACAACAAAAUGUGGAAUAAGUCAAGGGGUAUGAUACUUUCUGAAGGCACUGUACAUCGCUAUCCAAAAGGUCAACACAAAGUUGUAUACAAAGUUGUAUCCAUUCAAAUUGAAGGCAGCGGAAGCCAUACUGGAUAAACUUCUGAAAAGUGUUGACACCUACUGUAGGUGAUAAAAAGCCACUUCUCAUAAAAUGCACAUAUUUUAGCUGUGGUCUAUACCAUUGAAUGAAUAAGACAUUAAGGUCAAUGGCACUCAGCAACCCAUCAAUGUAUUCCUCUCUUUACCCUAAAUGGCUUUCAGCUUUAUGAUAGACAAAGCACUUUGGAUUGGUUCAAAGCAUGUGGAUUGAACACAUUGACUCGCUGUAUUUCUUUCAUUUGUGUGUUUGGCAGGAAAUACUCUCCUGUUAAAAUGGAUAUAAUAGACAGCUAUUGGUUGUUUUACGAUGUAUUUUUCACAGCAUUUCAACUGUUCAUCAAUAAAUUAUGACUCUAGUACUUUGUAGUACUAUGUAUAGUAUGUUCAGUUACACACAUUUGCUAAUACAUGUUGUAGCUUGUAGGUCCUAUCAAACAGAUGGAAGACAGAGGCGUACCUGUGCUAAUUAGCGAUCUGCGUCUCCGAACACCUGUGUGUAAAUGGAAGACGGACGCAACAAACGUGUUGUCACUGAAAAAUACUGUCGGCUUCAACUUUGAUAAAACAGUAUAUAUUUUGCAUUUGUGAAAUUAUUUUGAUGUAAUAUGUUUCUAGAACCGUAUCGCAAUUGAGAAUCGAUUCACGUUUAGAUUGAGUAUUUGGCUGUUUUCCUCUAAACAGAACAUGUAAGGUCCUUGGACUAUAAGGAGUAACGUUAGGCUCCUUUAGUCCAUUAUUGGCUAGCCUCACCUGUGACUGCUGAUAAAUCGGCCUCAUUAGGCCCCCCAGACAGAUUUGUGGUUGAAUAACAUCCUGGUAUUUCUCCAUUGGCAGGGGCCAUGUUUGUGUUCCCGCAGGAAAUGGUGUCUCCAGAAAGACCCCGCGGUGAUGGAGUGACCUACGUCAAUAUUCCCAUCAGCCCCACGUCCAAGAAACAGCUGAACUACAUGGAGUUGGAGCAUCAGGAGCAAACUGGGGUCAGGGGGACCAGCCAGCACCUCCCAGGACAGAGUAAGGGCCCAUUUCCCCAAUAACAACCAGUCUUUUGUGGGUCAUUGGUGGUUUGCUCUUCUGUGGUUCCAAUGUCUUUGACCUUGCUACUAAUUUUUCGAUAGCCAGUUGACAUGAUGUGCCUCUUGAAGUGCAAUAGUGUACAUGCAGGUACACUAUAUUCAAAAGUGAUGUUGUAGUCAAAGAAAAUAUCAAGUGACAAACAGUACAUUUAUUGUGUGAGCAGAGUAAGGGCCCCACAAACUCAAAUGUGACCAUUUGUAUUUUAAGGUCCAAUGCAGCCAUUUUUUUAAAUUAUCAAUAUCAAAUCAUUUCUAGGUAACAAUUAAGUACCUUACUGUGAUUGUUUUAAAUGUAAUGGUAAAAAAGAAACAAAAAUUGCUUCUUAGCAAAGAGCAAUUUCUCAAGCAAGAAUUUUAGUAGGACUGUCUGGGAGUGGUUUAAGUGGGGAGGGGAACACUGAAAACUAGGUGUUAUUGGCAGAGAGAUUUGGAACUCUCUCUCUUAUUGGUCUAUUAACGGCCCAGUGCAGUCAACAAUUCUGUUUUUCCUGUGUUUUAUAUUAUAAUGUUGUACAACAGCUGAUGAAACUAACAUUGUAAAAGUGUGAAUUUGAUCAGUGUUAUUUCCUGAUAGUUGCUGGUUGAAAAUACAAUCUACACAGAACAUCUAAUCACCAGGUUUGCAUGGGCGGAAGUUUUGGCUUUCCAUGGUGACACCAUGCAGUAAAUUGGUUAAUAGACCAGUAAGAAAGAGAGUUCCAAACCUCUCUGCCAAUAACCGCUAGUUUUCAGUUUUCCCCUCCCCACUGGGAACAGACAUCAGUUCAACAUCUAGUUUUGAUUUACAUUUGGUUGAGAUGUCAACUAACGUGAAUUCAACGUGAAAUCAACAGUAAGGUACUUAAUUGUUACCCAGAAAUGAUUUGAUAUAAAAAUGGCUGCAUUGGGCCUUUAACUAAUUUACUGUCCGAGAUGUCAACAGGCAGGCUAAAACUCCAUCCCCACCAAAACAGGCUGACAUUUCAUUUCAAACAGCUCUUACACUAAAAGGGCAUUAUCAUAAUUUUGAUUUUUUAUGUCAUAGUAUUAUUCCAACCUCAUAGUGUGGAAUGAUAUAUAAAUCACAGGAAAAUCACGUUUUUGACUGCACUGAGCCUUUCAGAUUUCUUGGUUCUUGCUCACACUAGAAUGGCAAAGAGGGACAGAAGGGUUAGGAGGGACAGAAGGGUGAAGAGGGACAGAAGGGUGAAGAGGGACAGAAGGGUGACGAUCACGUUGAUUGCUCCCCAUCUUGCCGAGCGACAUCCGAGCUGCUGUCAUCAGGUCCGGGGAUGUGAUAGCGCGGUCUAAUAACGUCAUUACUCUCCGGGAAUAUGAGGGACGCUCUUGCUCGACGCGACAAAGGUUAAUUUCCAAUGUCAUCUUGACGGUUUCUGUCACUUGGAGGAGGAGUGUGCCAGCUUAGCCGAGACGAAAGGUCGUAUGGCGUUCGGAAUACCGCGGGGAAUUCACUUGCUGUAAUGGGGUCAUCUUCCCAGACUGUGUUCAUGUGUUUGUGUGUGUGUGUGUGUUUGUUGAUUUUUCCACUUAAUGAGACUGCCUGGAGAAAGUAUAACUGAAGCAAUGGUACUUAUUGCUUCAUCUGUAGCUCACGGACAGGAAUAUAUUGCUGUUCUCGCUCAUUUGAAUGAUAAUUGUACACAAGCGUGGUGACUAUGUUUUUGAAUAAACCUCUCUACCAUGUUUAUUAUAUUUUUAUGACACCCUGAAAGGAGGGUCAACAAUACUUGUUAUUACUCAUCUCAUGGACUGCCUCUUGUUUUUUUCUCUCUACAGGGAAAAGUUCCACAAAAUAUGCCCAGAUUGACAUCACUGCUACGGAUGCCGCCCACAAAACGGGUACCCAGCAUGCCCUGGGGCGAGAGGAGGGUCUUCACACCCUGGAGCAGAGGAGGAGGGGAGUACCACAGUGA